AUGGCUACGCAGCAGGUCCCCUCUGCGUCCACCUCACAGCUUGGGAUCCCCACUGCGACAACUACAACUCCAAGCCAUGCUUCGACCCAGGACCUCGAACAAGCUCUUGCCUGGAACGAUGGCAACGCCCCCGAAAUCAUCGAUUCCUGUGUUCAUCAAUUAGUCGAGAACCAGGCGCGAAUUCGCCCGCAUGCCUCAGCUGUCCAUGCUUGGGAUCGCCACUUCACCUACAGCGAGCUCAACUCGGCAGCCAACCGCUUGGCGCACCAUCUUGUGGACGAUCAGGGCGUCGGACUGGAAGACAUUAUUCACGUUUGCUUUGACAAGUCGGCAUGGUACUGUGUCGCCAUCCUCGCCAUCAACAAGGCGGGGGCGAUGUGGGCACCCAUUGACCCAUCACACCCUCUCGAGCGGAACCAGUCCGUGGUCUCACAGACGCGCUCGAAACUCAUCAUCACAUCGCCAACCCAUGCCGAGCUCGGAGGUAAGUUGGUUGGAAAAGUCGUUGAGCUCACACCACGCCUGGAUGUACACUUGGCUCGCAACAAGCCCGAGUCUAGCAACGCUGCGCCCGCGAGUGAUGUGUGCCCCCGUAACGCUGUUUACAUCCUAUUCACUUCUGGCAGCACAGGCGUCCCCAAGGGAUUUGUCAUGGAGCAUGGCUCUGUCUGUACCUCACAAACAGCGAUCGCAAGAAGACUCGGGUUGUCGGUCGACGUGCGCAUAUUACAAUUCGCGACAUUCGUUUUUGACUUGUCUAUUGGCGAGAUUAUCGGGCCCCUGAUUUCCGGCGCCUGUAUCUGCGUUCCUAGCGAGGAGGACCGACUAAACGCCCUGCCCGAAUUUAUUCGCGAGAAAGGAAUCAACUGGGCCUAUUUUACACCUGCAUUCACCCGUACAUUAAGACCCCAGGAUUUCCCCGAACUCGAGCUUCUCCUGCUGGCAGGCGAAGCUGUUGGUCGGGACGUGCUGGAAACAUGGUUUGGCAACGUACGCUUGAUCAACGGAUGGGGACCUGCAGAGACAUGCUGCUUCUCGACCCUCCAUGAGUGGAAAUCAAAGGACGAGUCGCCGUUGACAGUGGGGCGACCUGUCGGCGGCCUUUGUUGGAUUGUCGACCCGGAAGACCCUAGCAGAUUGAUGCCCAUUGGGGAGGAAGGCGAGGUCGUGAUCCAGGGACCAACUAUCCUAAGAGAAUACCUCGCCGACAAGGAGAAGACCGAGAAAUCCAUGGUCGGAAGUCUUCCCGGCUGGGCACCCUUUCAAGAGUCCUGGCACUAUAGCCGCUUCUACAAAUCGGGUGAUUUGGCGAUGUAUAACAGCGACGGCACUAUCAAAUUUGCGAGCCGUAAAGACACCCAGGUUAAGAUUCGCGGUCUACGUGUGGAAUUGGGAGAAAUCGAGCAUCAUAUCCGUCUGUUGCUCCCCGGAGCGCGUCAGGUGACCGUGGACGUACUCAAGACCCAGGCGAGCGCCAAUCUCGUCACCUUUUUCAGCUUUACCGACGAGUCACGGCCGAGCAGCGAAAUGUACGAUGAAGACGCCGACGAUGUAUUCCUUUCUCUUUCCGAGGAGCGCCGCGCGCAGCUUGCCGACAUGGUGGGCCAGCUUGCCUCCAAGUUACCAAGCUAUAUGAUACCCACCAUGUUUAUUCCUUGCCGCUUCAUGCCUUUUAUUAACUCUACCAAGUUGGACCGCAAGGGCCUCCAGGCCAAGACUGCGUCCUUGGCCAAGGAUGUGCUUGCCGCCUACACCCUGCAAACCUCGAGCGCCUCCAAGGCUGCGCCGGAGACCGAUAUGGAGGAGCGUCUGCAGAAGAUCUGGGCCGGCGUUUUGAAUAUCCCCGCUGAGACGGUUGGACGCGACGAUAACUUUGUGCGCAUGGGCGGAGACUCGGUUGCUGCGAUCAGGCUUGUCAAUAAUGCGCGUGCCCAAGGGAUCGUCUUGCAGGUCAAGAAGAUUUUUGAAGAGCCGCGACUUUGGCGCAUGGCUGCUAUGGCAGUCGAGGUGGAUGUCAAUGAUGCGGCCGGCACUGAAGAUUCGGCUAUUGCACCUUUCAGCUUGCUGCCAAAAUCCCUUCGCGAGCUUGCGCGCAGUGACGAUGUGCGCCAGCAAUGCAAUCUGUCGCGGGACCAGGUCGUGGAAGAUGCCUACCCAUGUUCUCCUUUACAAGAAGGUUUGAUGGCUCUGGCUGUCAAAAACCCAGGAUCAUACAUUGCCAAGUGGAUCUACCGGCUGCAGAAGGAUGUGGACGUGCGUCGCUUCAAGAUUGCCUGGGAGCGCACGGUUGAAGCCUGCACAAAUCUGCGAACAAGGAUCAUCCAGAUGCAAGGUUUGACCACGCAAGUUGUUGUCAAAAACGACUUCUCGUGGGAACCUACAGAUGGCAUGACCCUCUUCGAGUUUGUCAAGAGCACAGAGUCCGUCACUAUGGGCUUUGGAUCGAGGCUCAACCGCCAUGCGCUUGUUCGUGGAUCUGACGGCGAGCACUACUUCAUCUGGGUCGGUCACCAUACAGUAUAUGACGGGUGGACCAUCAGCCUUCUACUGAACACAUUCAAGGAUGCCUAUAACGCAACAUCCGACACGGCACUGGCUCCCUAUGCGUCGUUCAUCAACUAUGCGAAGACACUCGACCCUGCAGAGACCGUGAAGUACUGGCGCCAACAACUCCACGGUGCCAACCGCGCGGCUUUCCCUCCUAACCCCAAGCCCACAGACCAUGCUGCGGACGCAAAUGAUCUGACAAAGACGUACAGCAAGCAGAUCGACUUCCCAGACCUCGACGACGACUCGAUCACCAAGGCUACGGUGCUACGUGCAGCUUGGGCCCUCCUGAUCUCGAGAUAUUCCGAUUCGGAAGAUAUCACUUUUGGAUCAACUGUUUCCGGUCGCCAGGCACCCAUCACGGGCAUCGAAAACAUGCCCGGACCUGCCAUCGCAACAGUCCCCGUGCGUGUGACUGUCGACAAGACCCAGACCACCGCCGAUUUUCUCGUCGGCAUCCAAGAGCAAGCCCUCGACAUGGUUGCGUACGAGCAAUAUGGCCUCCAAAACAUAGCCAAGGUCAGCAGCGACGCUGGUGACGCAUGCGAAUUCUCGUCUCUCCUUGUCCUGCAGCCUAUGAAGUACCUGACAGGCGUCGCCGAGGAGCUGCUGGAGCAGUGCAGUGCCGAAGGCCGCAAGAUUGAGGAGCUGCCCGAAGGCUACUUCAACUAUCCAUUGGUCGGACAGUGCUACGUAUACGACGACUACGUGAAUCUUGCUUUGACGUACAAGUCGGACGUACUGAGCGAGUCGACUCUUCAGGCAUUGGCUAGCCAAUACGGCAACGUUGUCGAACAGCUUCUCCUGCAAAGGGAGGCCACGCUGGGGGAUGUUGCCGUGGCUGGUCAGUGGGAUCUGGACACGUCGUAUCGCUUCAACUCGGUUGUCCCCAACGUCGUUAGCUCAACGCUUCACGAGAUGAUUGAGGAGCAAGCGCGUGUGCGUCCUGAAGCGCCCGCUAUUGUGGCUUGGGAUCUCGAGCUAUCUUACGCCGACUACAAUCGCGCUGCCAAUAGGUUAGCUACCCUUCUGGUGGAUGACUAUGGCGUCAAAAUAGGCGAUUUGAUCCACGUCUGCUUCGAGAAGUCAGCUUGGUACUUUGUCGCGAUUCUGGCUAUCAUGAAGGCGGGCGCCGCAUGGGUGCCGCUUGACGCCGGGCAUCCUGCUCAACGUCAGCAACAAGUUGUUUCGCAGACGGGUGCUUCCUUAGCCCUGACAUCGACAAGAAAUGCGUCUAUCUGUGACGGUUUGGUCAAGGACGUUCUUCAAGUGCAUGCUGAGCUCGACCAGCAGCUCAGGUCUUCCAGGUCGGAUACCAACCUCACUGGCAAAGCGACCCCUGGAGAGGCAGCCAGCGCCACAGCUAUUGGUCAACGCCUUGGUCUCUCGCCCAGCGUCCGUAUGCUUCAAUUUGCCGCCUUUGUCUUCGAUCUCUCUAUCGGCGAAAUCUUUGGUCCGUUGACGCAUGGUGGCUCUAUUAUCAUUCCGUCAGAGGAGAUCAGGAUGAACGGCAUCAAACAGUUCAUCAAUGACAUGCAGGUCAACUGGUCCUACCUAACCCCCUCAUUUGCUAGGACCCUUCGACCCGACGAGCUCCCCACCCUCGAGUUGUUGCUGUUCGCUGGUGAGGCCGUUCCUCGCGAUGUUUUCGACAAAUGGUUCGGCAAGGUGCGGUUGAUCAACGGCUGGGGCCCAGCCGAGACUUGUUGCUUCAGCACGUUGCAUGAGUGGCAGUCGGCUGACGAGUCCCCCUUGAACAUUGGACGCCCCGUGGGCUCAUUCUGCUGGAUCGUUGAACCCCAGAACCCGAGCCACAUAGCGCCCAUAGGCACCCUAGGCGAGGUUAUGAUUCAAGGUCCGACCUUGCUUCGUGAGUAUCUGGCCGAUAAGACCAAGACGGAUGCUGCGUCCGUCUACGAGCUGCCUGAGUGGACGCCUCGUCGCACCGAUGCUUCGUUCAAGCGCUUCUUCAAGUCAGGCGACCUCUGUAGCUACAAUCCCGAUGGCACCAUUGAAUUCUCGUCACGAAAGGACACGCAGGUCAAGAUUCGAGGUCUUCGUGUGGAAUUGGGCGAAGUUGAGCAUCACAUUCGGGCCAACUUCACGUCGGCUCGCCAGGUCGCUGUAGACGUGUUCCGCACCGAAGCUGGCGCUAACCUUGUCACUUAUUUUUGUAUCAACGAUGAGUCCAAGACUGCUGGCGCCGACGACCAGGUCUUCCUCCCCUUGAGCUCGGAGAUGCAGACUGAACUAAGCAGCAUGGUGAGCGAGCUAAGUGUUCACCUCCCGCGCUAUAUGAUCCCGACGCUUUUCAUCAACUGCAAAUUUAUGCCCUUCAUCACCUCGACCAAAUUGGACCGUAAGGGUUUGCAACAACGCACUGCCGCAUUGACACAGGACCAGCUGGCACAGUAUGCAUUGGUAGAUAGCGAGAAGAGACCCCCUGAAACCGACAUGGAAUACCGGAUGCAGAAAAUUUGGGCGCGGACGUUGAAGCUGGCGCCCGAGACGAUAGGCCGCGACGACAGCUUCCUUCGUAUCGGUGGUGAUUCGAUAGCAGCUAUCCACUUGUUGACGGCUGCUCGCGAGGACAAGCUGCUCCUGACGGUCAAGGACAUCUUUGAUGAUCCCCGUCUUUCGAGCGUCGCCGCCAAGUGUGAGUUUGCUAACGAGGGUGCGCCUGACUAUACGGAUCUGUCUGAAUUUUCCCUUCUCGACCAGUCUCGUCGCGAGCUCGUGGCCGUUGAGACUCGGCAACAGUGCGUCCUGACAACGCAGCAAGUUGUUGAUGCUUAUCCCUGCACAGCAUUGCAAGAGGGUUUGAUGGCUCUAUCCAUGAAGCAGCCUGGUUCCUACAUUGCGAAGUGGGUUUAUCGCAUUAGCGACGAGGUUGAGACAUUGGCCUUCAAGACUGCCUGGGAGACGACUGUGGCGACCUUGCCAAACCUGCGAACAAGGAUGGUGACAAUACAAGGCAAAACUAUACAGUCAAUCGUAACGGAUGAUGUGGAGUGGGAGAACACGGAGGGCUUGACACUGUCCGCCUUUCUGGAGGCCGCGCAAGAUAUCAAGAUGACCUUUGGGUCCCGACUCAGCCGUUACGGUCUUGUUGUGAAAGGCGAUUUUCGAUACUUUGUCUGGAUCGCUCACCAUGCUAUCUAUGAUGGAUGGACCAUGCGACUGAUGCUAAGUACGCUCACAGACGUCUACCAAGGCUAUGAAUCCCUAGAGCUGAAGCCUCACGCGAGCUUCAUCAAGUAUGUGCAGAGUAUCAACCUAGAGGACGCGGUAAGCUUCUGGCGUACCCAACUGGAGGACGCAAAGAAAGCCACCUUUCCUCCGACUGCCAAGCUAGCUGGUGCGUCCUCUUCCUCAGCCCACAAGGUCACUCGCCUUAUGCGCAACCGGAUCGAGUUUCCAAAUACCAACACCUCCAUCACCAAAGCCACAAUUAUCCGGGCUGCCUGGGCCAUUGUGCUGGCGCGCUACUGCGAUACUGAUGAUGUGACCUUUGGAACAACUGUCUCCGGUCGUCAAGCCCCUGUUCCGAACCUGGGUGAGAUGCCCGGGCCCAUGGUAGCUACUGUACCCGUCAGAGUUCGCUUGGACCGUGACCAGCGCAUCUCCACGUAUCUGCACCACAUUCAGACGCAGGCGUCGGAAAUGAUUGCCUACGAGCAAUUCGGCAUGCAGCAUAUCGGCAAGAUCAGCCCGGCAGCUGAAGAGGCUUGCGACUUCUCUUCGUUGCUGGUGAUCCAACCUUUCCAGCAGAUGGCCGCCGUCGGCGCGCACUCUGACGCAAUAAUCGAGAUGGAUUCGUCUGCUAAGCACGGCACUGAAGACACCCUUGAGGGCUAUUUCUCGUACCCCUUGGUGCUACAGGGGGAGGUUUCAGAUGAUCAUGUGGAUCUUGUGCUCACGUACGACUCUGAGAUUCUCCAAGAGGUGCAAAUGACCCAGCUGUCACAUCAUUUUGAGCAUGUUGUAAAACAGCUGUUGGCUCAAGAUAACACUCCCAUCUCUGAGAUUUCCGUGGCCGCACCCUGGGACCUUGAGAAGGCCUUCGCGUACAAUGACGAGGAGCCCGAACUUGUCGAAUUGACCCUCCACGACCAAAUUGCUCUCCAAGCUGAGAGACGCCCUGAUGCACCAGCUAUCGAUGCGUGGGACAAGAGACUUACGUACAAGGAGUUCAACGCUGCGGCCGACCGCCUUGCCAGUUUCCUCGUGGAGGAAUACAGCGUUGAGGAUGGAGAUCUCGUACACGUUUGUUUCGAGAAGUCGGCGUGGCACUUUGUCGCCAUCCUGGCCAUCAUGAAGGUCGGAGCGGCUUGGGUUCCCCUGGAACCUGGUCACCCUACAGAGCGCCAGCGCCAAGUCACUGGCCAGACCAAGGCGAAGCUCGCGCUUGUUUCCCCCGGAAACGCUCCGAUGGCCAAGGAGCUGUUGGAACAGAUUUUGGAAGUGACACCUGAACUUGACCAAGAACUCGCCAACAGGUUUGCACAGGGACCGAAUCUCCAGAUCUCCCCUCGCAACGCCGCCUACGUGCUGUUCACCUCUGGUUCAACCGGAACGCCCAAGGGUCUCGUCAUGGAGCACGGAUCUGUUAGCACCUCUGCUCGAGCUAUCGGGAAGAGGCUUGGUCUGGAUUCUACCGUUAGGAUGCUGCAAUUCGCCGCCUUUGUGUUCGAUCUUUCUAUCGGCGAAAUCUUCGGGCCGCUCACCCACGGUGGCUGUCUCUGCAUCCCUUCGGACCACGAUCGUCUCAAUAACUUGACCGGCUACAUCCGCAAUGUUCAGGUCAACUGGUCGUACUUGACACCUGCCUUUGCGCGAACGAUCAAGCCCGAAGAUGUUCCUUCUUUAGAGCUGUUGCUUUUUGCCGGCGAGGCUGUCCCUCGCGACGUCUUUGAACAGUGGUUCGGAAAGGUCCGCUUGGUCAACGGUUGGGGUCCAGCUGAGACUUGCUGUUUCAGCACUCUUCACGAAUGGAAGUCUUUUAAUGAAAGCCCCCUGACCGUUGGAAAGCCUGUCGGGGGCUUCUGCUGGAUUGUCGACCCUGACAACCCUCAAAAGCUCGCUCCCAUUGGCACGCUUGGCGAAGCUGUCAUCCAAGGCCCAACCAUUCUGCGCGAGUACCUGGCUGACAAGGCCAAAACUGGCGCCGCAACGGUUUAUAGUCUGCCCGAAUGGGCACCGAAGCGCGACACGGGCGCCCACGCUUAUGGACGAUUCUUCAAAUCUGGCGACUUGUGCAGCUACAACGCGGACGGAACUAUCGAGUUCUCCACGCGUAAAGAUACACAGGUCAAGAUUCGUGGUCUCCGGGUUGAAUUGGGCGAAGUUGAGCAUCACAUCCAGACUAACUUGGAGGGCGCGCGUCAGGUUGCCGUGGACGUCCUAAAGACCGAGACUGGAACCAACCUGGUAGCAUACUUCUGCUUCACAGACGAUUCCAAGACAGCCAGUGCGACAAGUUGUGACGCCGAGGGGCCUUUCAUGCCCCUGAGCCCCUACUUGCAAAACCAACUGACGGCGACGGUCGGAACACUGUCAAUCUCUCUGCCUCGUUACAUGAUUCCCACCCUCUAUAUCCCCUGCUCAUACAUGCCAUUCAUUACGUCUACCAAGCUUGAUCGCAGGGGUCUUCGUGCUGCCACCGCUGGCCUUAGUCAGGAUGAGCUCGCCACCUAUGCCCUCCAGGACAGCGAGAAGAGAGCGCCCGAGACGCCGAUGGAAGAGCGUCUCCAAACCGUCUGGGCUGAGAUCCUCAAUCGUGCAAAGGAGUCUAUAGGCCGUGACGAUAGCUUCCUGCGCAUUGGCGGAGAUUCAGUGGCCGCCAUCCAUUUGAUCACCACCUGCAGGAACGAGGGCAUCCAGCUCAGCGUCAAGGAUAUCUUUGACGACCCUCGUCUGUUUGCGGUGGCCUCCAAGGCUGUCGAGAUCGAUGCAUCUGCUGUGGAAACCAUAAUCGAGCCUUUCAGCCUCCUGGAUCCGAGUGCGCACCACUUCGUCCUGAACAAGGCCAUCCAAGAGCAAUGUGGCCUCGAGGCAACCCAAAUUAUGGACGCUUACCCUUGCACGCCCUUGCAAGAUGGCCUAAUUGCGCUAUCUGCCAAACAACCUGGGUCAUAUAUCACCAAGUAUUUCUUCAAAAUCCCUAGCGGAAUUGACUUGGACCGCUUCAAGUCGUCAUGGGAGAAGACCAUCGACCUUUGCGACAACCUACACACUAGAAUUGUUACGACAGGCCACGCUUCCGUGCAGGUCGUUGUCAAGGACGACAAGUCCUGGGAAGAUACUCAGGGCAUGAGCGUCGAUGAAUUCAUCGCUGACAGACAGAGCUACGAGAUGACCUAUGGCUCACGUCUCUGCCGCUUCGCCCUCAUUAACCAACCCAACGACGAGGAUUUCUUCGUCUGGGUGAUCCAUCAUUCCGUCAUUGACGGUUGGGCGUUACAGCUCAUCCAGCAGGUUGUCCACGAUAUAUACUGGGAUAACGGAAUACCCGUCGUUGAGCCCUACUCCGGCUUUGUCAAGUAUACUGAAAGCAUCGAACCUCAAGCUGCCGGUAACUACUGGAAGACUCAGUUAGAUGGCGCCACCAAACCGUCAUUCCCACCUACGUCCGGCGUCAACUCCGAAGGUGAUAUCCAGGUCACGACCAAGAAGAUCCGAAUGCCCCUUGAGAUGAACUCUUCCAUCACCAAGGCCUCUGUUCUGCGUGCCGCCUGGUCAAUCGUAUUGGCGCGUCACAACGGCGGGGACGAUAUCACCUUUGGCGCGACCGUCUCAGGCCGCAACGCCCCCGUCACAGGCGUGAAUAGCAUGACAGGCCCGGCUAUUGCUACGGUUCCUGUUCGUGUGACCAUAGACCGUCAGAAGGUCGUCUCUAAAUUCCUUUUAGACGUGCAGAAUCAGGCUUCUGAUAUGGUAGCCUACGAACAAUACGGAUUGAGCAACAUUUCCCGUGUGAGCAGCACGGCCAAGGAAGCCUGCGACUUUUCGUCCCUCGUCGUCAUCCAGCCGCGUCAGUUCAUGGAUAAUAUGGACGAAGCGUCAGCUGAUGCCGUCAUUGUGUUCGGACAGGACCAAUACGCUAUGACGGAAGAGCAAAUGAAACACUACUUCAACUAUCCGCUUGUUUUGCUUUCUUUGAUCUACGACGACCACAUCGAGAUCCGCUUCUUCCACAACACCGAUGCGCUGUCGGCAUACCAAGUCGAAGCAGUUGCUGAGCAAUUGGAUCACGUUGUCCAGCAAUUGCUCAAGCACCAGUCUUCCAAGCUUGGCGAUAUCUCUCUUGUCGGUCCGUGGGACCUGCGCCACGCUGAAGAGUCAAGCAAGGUUGCCGAUGCUACAGAGUCUUGCACCCACUGGCUUAUCGAGCAGCAAAUUGAGAGGCAGCCCGAGGCUGAAGCCGUCUCUUCCUGGGAUGCCGAAUUGUCUUAUAAGCAGCUUGGAAUUUACGCAUCUCGCCUGGCUACUAAACUCCAGUCUCUCGGUGUCGGUCCAGAGUCUCUUGUUCCGUUCUGCUUCCCGAAGUCGGCGUGGGCUGUCGUCACCAUGGUGGCCAUCGAGAUGGCUGGAGGUGCCUUUGUUCCCCUGGAUCCUAUGGCCCCGACUGGUCGUCUCCAGGGUAUCAUUGACGAUACCAUCUCCAAGCUAGUCAUCGUUGCUCCGUCCUGCAAAGAUGCCCUGAAAGAUGUACAGGUCGACACGUUUGUCUUGGACGAGACUAUCCUCAAGUCGCUGCCCGAUGUCAAUUCAGUUGCUACAGCUGUCAAGCCCGACAAUGCAUCAUUUGUCAUCUUUACCUCUGGUUCCACCGGAAAGCCAAAGGGAAUGGUGAUUGAGCAUCGCGCAAUCUGCUCUUCUGUCAGUGGGUACGGCGUGACACCUGGAAUUGGUCCAGGCUCGCGCGUUUUCGCCUUCUCGGCCUACACAUUUGACGUGGGCGUCCUCGAUGUCUUGGUCACCCUCGCGCGAGGUGGGACGGUCUGCGUACCUUCUGACCAUGACCGCCACAACAACAUUGCCGGGGCAAUCAACUCGACCAAGGCCAAUUGGGCUUUUCUGACUCCUACCGUGGCCAGCCUUCUCAAGCCCGCUGAUGUGUUAACACUCAAGACUCUGGGGCUGGGUGGCGAGGUCGUUACGAAGAAGGUUGUCGAGCAGUGGUCUGGUCAUGCUGAGCUCCACGGUCUCUACGGUCCCGCUGAGGCAUCUAUCUGCGCCUGGCGGAAAGACGUAGGAAAGGUCGGCAAGCCAAACAACCUCGGUGCGCCUCUGAUGUCCGCCUUCUGGGUUGUCGAACCUGACAAUGUGAAGCAAAUCGUCCCCGUUGGCUGCAUUGGGGAGUUGCUCAUCCAAGCUCCUACCCUGGCUCGUGGCUAUUUAAACGUUGACGACAAGACGAACAGCGUCUGGAUCGAGAAUGCUUAUUGGCUCCCUGGAUCCGGUAGCAAGCGAGCUUAUCAGACUGGCGAUCUCGUUCGUCGCAACGAGGAUGGCACUUUCGAUUACAUGGGUCGCAAAGAUACCCAAGUCAAGCUUCGCGGUCAACGUGUUGAGCUCGGCGAGAUCGAGUCCCGGAUUCACGCCCAUCUACCCGAGGGUAUGGACGCUAUUGUCGAGGUCGUUGACGAUGCCAUCAUGGCGCUUCUGUGGUACACCUCUGGCUCCAAGGACCAAGAGCUCACGGUAUUCGAAGAUGUAUCUAGCGACAAGCAGGCGUUGAUCUCCCGAGUUGACAAUGCGCUCAGCAAUGUUUUGCCCGCCCACAUGAUGCCUAUAAACUACCCAAUUUUCAAAGGCAAACCAGAGCAGCUCACCUCCGGCAAGGUCAACCGCCGACAACUCGCCGCAGCUGGUCGCGCUGUGACCCCUCACAAGCGCUCGAGGUUUUCUCCCGGCGCCCUGGACAGCGUACCUCCUACCGAGCCCAUGGAGCUUCGCCUGCGCGAUCUCUGGGCUGACAUCCUUGGAGUUGACGCUGAGACCAUCGGAAAGCACGAUAACUUCCUCCGCCUAGGCGGUGACUCUAUCAGUGCUAUCAAGCUCGUGACUCUCGCUCAGCAGAGUGGCAUCAGGUUGACCGUGGGCGCCAUCUUCAAAGAUUCCCGGUUGUCUGACAUGUCGGCUGUGGCUCAAACUGAAGAAAAAGAUGCUGAGUCCUUGGAGACGACGCCCUUCUCAUUACUUCCCGAGGCUGAGAUCGAGGACAUUAAGUCUGCUGUUCAGGACCAAUGUGGCCUUACGUCCAAGGACGUCAUUGAAGACAUCUUCCCCUGCACAAGUCUCCAAGAGGGUCUGAUGGCUCUCGCUAUCAAGCAACCGGGAUCGUACCUGGCCAAGGAGGUUUACCGCCUCUCAAGCGAUGUAGACAUUGCCAGGUUCAAGCAGGCUUGGGAGCACGUCGUUGAGAUGAGCACAAACUUACGCACCCGCAUUGUCCGUGUCGGGGACCAGAUCCUGCAGACUGUUAUCAAGUACUCAUCUUGGGAGAGCACUCGUGCUCACGACAUGCGAUCGCUGAUGGCUGAGGCCGCCGCGACUGAUAUCACUUUGGGUUCUCCCCUGUGUCGUUACGCACUCUUCAAAGAGGACGAUGGCUCCUACUAUUUCGGCAUCAUCAUCCAUCACGCGAUCUUUGACGGCUGGACUCUGGGUUUGAUUUUCAACGCUCUUCGUUCAGGUUACGCGGGCGAGGAAGUUUGCGAUUUCAACCGAUAUGCCUCGUUUGUCAAGUAUGUGCAACACAUUGAUCAGGGUGCUGCCACCGAAUUCUGGAAGAAGCAACUCAUGGGCGCUCGAAGGGCCACAUUUCCACCUUUAAAGCCUCCCGUUGCCGAGAACAAGUCCAAGACACGCAUCCUGAGCCGCAAGUUUGACUUCAACUAUAUGGGCAAUUCUUCAAUCACCCGCGCGACUAUCUUGCGUGCCGCAUGGGCCAUUGUCCUUGGCAGAUACAGUGAUUCGACCGACGUGACCUUUGGUGCUACUGUGUCAGGCCGAAAUGCAUCUGUUCCGGGCCUCACUGAGAUGACAGGCCCGACCAUUGCCACUGUCCCUGUUCGCAUCCGGAUGGACAGGAGCACGCUUGUGCCAGACUUCUUGCAAUCGAUCCAGAUGCAAGCAUCCGAGAUGGUCGAGUUUGAGCAGUUUGGUCUUCAGAACAUCUCAAAGAUCCAUCCAGAUAUUGCAGAGGCCACUCGCUUCUCUUCGUUGGUCGUGGUGCAGCCCUUCCAGCAGAUGGGUUUGGCUUCCGCUGGCAGCGAGGCGGAGCUUUUCACCGUCGACGAAGGCAAGUUCAAGCCCGAGGAGGCCAUGUCGGGCUACUUCAGCUACCCCCUUGUCCUUCAGUGCAUUCUUCUCGAGGAUCAAGUAGAGCUGGCUCUUACGUACGAUGCCAAUGUGACCACACAGGAGCAGUUGUCCGCCCUCUCGUACCAAUUUGAGGGCGUUGUUCACCAGUUGCUGUCUCCUCGACCGAAGCCACUUGGCGCGAUCGACGUCGCUUCCCAAUGGGACAGACUGCAGGCUGUCCGAUGGAAUGCCGAGAAGCCUGACAUCUGGCACACAUGUAUCCACGACGUUAUCGAGGAGCAGGCUGGCACAAGGCCCGAUGCUAUCGCUGUUCGUGGGUGGGACUACCGUCUCACCUACAGGGAGUUGAUUCAGCACGCCAACCGACUCGCCAACCACCUUGUCAACGACUACGGCGUCAAAAGUGGUGACCUGAUUCACGUCUGCUUUGACCAUUCGGCUUGGUUCUAUGUCGCCACAUUGGCUACCAAUAAGGCUGGAUCAGCUUGGGUGCCUCUUGAGCCCUCGCAGCCUCCACAACGUCACAAGCAGGUUGCUGACCAGACCAUGGCGAAGAUCUGCCUGGCCUCGGUGAACCACGUCGAGAAGUGCAAGCAGCUGUUCCCCACUGUCAUUGGUGUCGAUAAAACCCUGGAUUCGCAGCUCGUCGAGUCUGGUGUGGAGACUGACAAGGGGCCUGAUGUUGCGAUCACACCUCGCCACGCAGCCUACGUGCUCUUCACCUCUGGUAGUACCGGUACCCCGAAGGGUCUUGUUAUGGAGCACAUCAGUGUCUGCACGUCCAUGAGGCAUGCGAAUGCCCGCAUUGGUCUCUCGCCCAAGGUCAAUGUCCUGGACUUUGCGUCUUAUGUCUUUGACAUGACCAUUUGCGAAGACUUUGCUCCCCUCAUGUACGGCGGUACUGUCUGCGUGCCCAACGAAGACACUAGGAUGAACGGACUCAUUGAAUUCAUCAACGAGAUGGACAUCAAUGCUCUUUACAUGACGCCUGCGUUUGCACGUACCAUCAAGCCCGCCGACGUGCCCCAGGUCAAUCUUUUGGUGUUUGCGGGCGAGGCCGUGCCAAAGGAUGUCUUUGACCAGUGGUUCGGACAUGGUGUCCGCAUGUUCAAUGGUUGGGGUCCCGCCGAGACUUGCGUCUUCGCUACACUGCACGAGUGGACAUCGGCUGACGAGUCACCACUAACCGUCGGCCGGCCGAUCGGUGGCUACUGCUGGAUUGUUGAUCCCGACGACCCUACCAAGCUUGCGCCCAUCGGUACUGAGGGUGAAGUUGUCAUCCAGGGACCUAACAUACUUCGCGAAUACCUCGCUGAUCGCGAACGAACGGAAGCCGUCACCAUGACUGAAUUGCCCGACUGGGCCCCCGAGCGCGAUACUCGCCCUUGGAACAGGUUCUUCAAGUCUGGCGAUCUAUGUAGCUACAACCCUGACGGUACUAUCCGCUUCGGUUCACGCAAGGACACGCAGGUCAAAAUUCGAGGUCUUCGUAUCGAGCUUGGCGAGGUCGAACAUCACAUUCAGACAACUCUGGAGGGCGCCAAGCAGGUGGCCGUUGACGUGUUGAAGAACGAUAAGGGGUCAACCCUUGUUGCGUACUUUGCCUUCAACAACGACUCUCGCACCGCUGGUCAAGGCGACGCUGGAGAUGAUAUGUUCAUGCCACUCGAAGGGGACCUGCAGUCCCGCGUGAGUGCUCUCGUCGCUGUCCUCAGCGUGAACCUGCCUCGGUACAUGGUUCCUACGUUGUUUGUUCCUUGCAAGUGGAUGCCCUUUAUCACAUCUACCAAGUUGGAUCGCAAGACUCUCCGCAGCAAGACCGCGGAACUGACGCAGGAGCAAUUGAACGCCUAUGGUCUUCAGAGCUCCGCGAAGAAGGCGCCCGAGACGGAAAUGGAGCGUCGCAUACAGAGGAUCUGGGCCGGCGUCCUCCGCGUGUCACUGGAAUCAAUCGGUCGCGAUGACUCGUUCCUAGGCAUCGGCGGUGAUUCUAUUGCUGCGAUUCACUUGAUGACAGCCGCGCGCAAACAGGGUCUGGUGGUCAAGGUCAACGACAUUUUCCGCGAUCCUCGUCUCUCAUCUGUGGCAGCAGCCGCGAUGGAGGCCCCUUUGCCUUCUACCGACGACUCCAGAGUUCGAACAUUUGACUUGCUGUCCGAUGAAGAUCGAAAAGUGGUCUUUGGCGACUCGCUGCGGUCCCAGUGCGGACUGCCCAAGGAUGCGGAAAUUGAAGACGCCUACCCAUGCUCACCUCUCCAAGAGGGUCUCAUGGCUGUUGCUGUCAAGCAGCCAGGGUCAUAUAUUACGAAAUACUUUUUUCAGAUCCCUGGUCACAUGGAUAUUCAGCGCUGGAUGAAGGCUUGGGAGCGUACUGUUCGAGCGUGUGGGAACCUGCGCACUCGCAUCAUUCCUUCCAAGAAGCACUCCAUUCAAGUGUUGGUGAAAGAUGAAGUCUCUUGGGAAGACACGCGCGGGAUGGACCUGGACGCAUUCAUAAAGGUCUCCCAGACCUACAAAAUGGCUUACGGAUCCAGGCUGUGCCGCUAUGCCAUCGUGACACCCCCAACCGGAGAAAACUACUUCGUUUGGAUCACUCACCACUCUAUUGUCGAUGGCUGGUGUGUCCAGAUUGCUUUGAAGACCCUGCACCAAGCCUACUACGAACAGGACCUUCCAGAGCUCUCCCCUUAUGCUGGAUUCAUCAAAUACGCCUUCUCCAUCGAUGAAGAUGCGGCAAACACCUUCUGGAAAGAGCAACUUGAAGGCGGUUCGAAGUCCCCAUAUCCGCCCACCACUGGUGGCAAGAAAGAUGUAGACUAUCGAGUUGUUAAAAAGAAGAUCUCGGCUCCUUCGCGCAUGGAGGGCUCGAUCACCAAGGCCACCAUUCUGCGCGCAGCGUGGUCCGUCGUUCUCGCUCGCCAUUGCAACACUGACGAUGUCACCUUUGGUGCCACUGUUUCGGGCCGCAAUGCAGCCGUCGAAGGGCUUCAAGACAUGCCCGGUCCAGUCAUUGCAACUGUCCCUGUCCGCAUCCAGCUGAAGCGCGAUGCUCCUGUUGACGAGUUGCUCCGAGACGUCCAAAAACAGGCUUCUGAGAUGGUCGCUUACGAACAGCUUGGGAUCCAGAACAUCGCCAAGAUCAGCAAGUCGGCUCGCGAAUGCUGUGACUUUACAACACUCCUGGUUAUCCAGCCCCGACAAUACCUGGAAACCAUGUCGGACGCUGUCAUCAUGGACGGGCAGGAUGGCACUGAGAUGACCGAGCAGGAGAUGAACAAAUACUUCAACUAUCCUCUUGUGCUUCUCUCGCUCAUGUAUGAAGACCAUGUGGAGAUACGCUUCUUCCACGACAAGAACGUCGUGCCCACGAAAGAGGUUCAAGCUGUCGCUAACCAGCUUGACCACGUUAUGCAGCAGUUGUUUGCCAAGAGGAUCAAGCUCGUCAACGAUCUCUCCCUCGUCGGUCCGUGGGAGAAGAAGCAUGCCCUUCGUAGCACGAAACUUAAGGGUCCAAGCAACUCUUGUAUUCACUGGAUGAUUGAAGAGCACGUUCGUCUUCAACCGGAUGCCCCCGCUGUUGUCUCGUGGGAUGGCGACAUUUCCUACGAUGACCUGGGCAAAUAUGCUUCGCGACUUGCGGCGAAGCUGCAGCAGCAGGGCAUUGGACCCGGCGAUAUUGUCCCUGUCUGCUUUCCCAAGUCCACCUGGGCCGUUGUUGCUAUGAUUGCCAUUCAGAUCGCAGGUGGUGCUUUUGUGCCUCUCGACCCCAAGGCGCCUGCAGCACGCCUUCGAGGCGUCGUCGAGGACACCAAAGCGGAACUGAUCCUUUGCGCGCCUUCGACACACGAAUCUGUCAAGGACCUGAGCAUCAGCACCCUGGAGGUUGAUGUCGGGUAUCUGGCUAGUUUGCCCGUUCCUCGUUCCUCCAUCGCACCCAUCACCGAGCCCAGCGACCCUUCCUUUGUUAUCUUCACUUCGGGAUCUACGGGUAAGCCCAAGGGUAUGAUCCACGAACACGGUGCUAUUGCGUCUUCAUCCGACGGUUAUGGUGUCUGCCAGGGCAUUGGCCCCGGUACCCGCGUCUUUGCUUACUCCAACUACACCUUUGAUGUCGUGGCCAGCCUUAUCAACCCGAUUGAGACACCGUCCAUGAAAAAGCUCGGUCUUGGCGGCGAGGUUGUCACAAAGAAGGUCAUUGACCUUUGGCAGGAUCAUGCAGAACUACACGGUCUCUAUGGCCCCGCGGAGGCUUCCAUCUGUGCUUGGCGUCCAAAUGUCGGCCAAGUUGGAAAGCCUAGCAAUAUCGGUACCCCAUUGUCUUCUGCCUUCUGGGUGGUUGACCCAGAGGACCCACGUGAGCUCGUGCCGGUGGGUUGUAUCGGCGAGCUCAUGAUCCAAGGCCCUCUACUCGCCCGCGGUUACAUCAGCGCCGAUGAGAGCGCCAACGCUGCCUGGCUACACGACGUCGACUGGUUGCCAGGCGACAUGCCUCGCAAAGCGUACUGCACCGGUGACUUGGUCCGCCGGAACGACGACGGCACCUUCGACUACAUGGGCCGCAAGGAUUCACAAGUGAAGUUACAUGGCCAGCGUAUCGAGCUUGGUGAGAUUGAGUCUCGUAUCGAACGGUUUCUCCCCGAAAACAUGGCAGCCAUUACCGACAUCGUCAAAACUGAGAGUGGUGACGAUGUUAUGGCUGCACUGCUCUGGUACACUAGUGGACCCAGCUCAGAGGCUCCUGAAGUCAAGUUGGCCGAGGACGUGACUGAUGAGAUGCGGAAACUCAUCUCUAACCUUGAUAACUCAUUGGGCAUGUCCUUGGCAGCGUACAUGAUGCCUGGCAUAUAUCUCAUCUUCGAAGGCACGCCCGCAAGGUCGACAUCGGGAAAGAUCAAUCGUCGCCAACUUUGCACCAUUGCCCAUGCUGCACCUACAAAGGACAAGCUCAAAUUCUCUCCUGAGGGCGGUGCAUCUGAGCCUCCAGCCACAGACCUCGAGUUGAAACUGCGCGACCUGUGGGCGCAGGUGCUGAACAUCAAGGCUGAGGAUAUCGGCCGUAGCGACAACUUUUUGCGUGCCGGCGGCGACUCCAUCAGCGCCAUCCGGCUCGUCUCUGCGGCUCACGAGAAGGGAAUUGUCCUGAGUGUUGAUAUUAUUUUCCAAGACCCUCGCCUUUCGUCCAUGGCUGCCGCAGCCACUUCGACAGAUGAGAACGAGUCCUAUGAGGUGGAACCCUUCAGCCUGCUUCCUCAAGAACAGCUCAAUAUCAUCCAGGUUGAAGCCCGUAAGCAAUGCAUGCUUCAGGGUGACGAUGUCAUCGAGGAUAUCUACCCUUGCACCAAGUUACAGGAAGGACUUCUCGCCCUCUCGGUCAAGCAGCCUGGAUCCUACGUUGCCAAGCAAGUGUUUCAGGUUUUGCCUCACAUUGAUAUUGGCCGCUUCAAAGCUGCUUGGGAGGUCACUGUACAAAAGUGUACCAAUCUGCGUACCAGGAUCAUCUCAAUCGACGGUACUUCGUACCAGGUUACCCUGAACGGCAAGGUGGAAUGGGAGGAUACAACCGGUCUGGACCUCAGCACCGCUGUCCAAGCCUCGUCCGAGAUCAAAAUGGGGUAUGGAACUCCUCUCAGCCUCUUUGCGCUUGUCCAAGAAGAUGAUGAGACCACGUUCCUGGUGUGGACUGUGCACCAUGCCACCUUUGACGGCUGGUGCAUUCGCAUUGUCCUUGAUGCUCUGACAUCGGCGUACCAAGAGAUGGAAAUGCCGACUCUGCGUCCUUUCACCAGCUUCAUCAAGUUUGUCACCAGCAUUGACCACGACGAGGCCAGCAGCUACUGGAGGACACAGCUUGAGGACGCCAAGAGGGCUUCAUUCCCUCCUACAGUCCACAACAAUGCCACCAACGAGAACAAACUGCUUCGCAAGACGAUCGCCUUCCCUGAGUCUGAGAAGUCCUCUGUGACCAAGGCCUCUGUUAUCAGAGCGGCUUGGGCUCUUGUGCUCGCUCGCCACUCUGAUACCGACGAUAUUACGUUUGGUGCUACCGUGUCGGGCCGUCAAGCUCCUGUGCCAGGCAUGGAGACAAUUCCUGGCCCUGUGCUCGCCACAGUCCCUGUUCGUGUUCAACUAGACGGGCAGCAGUCGGUCGAGUCUUACCUUCAGGGGAUCCAGACACAGGCCCUCGACAUGGUCCAAUUCGAGCAGUUUGGCCUACAAAACAUCUCAAAGCUCUCACCAGAGGCCAAGGAAGCAUGCGACUUUUCCAGUCUAUUGCUAAUCCAGCCCGCUCAACAGUUCUUCGAAGAGAACAACGAGUCUAUUGUCACAGCUCCCCAUGAGAACAAGUAUAAAAUCCUCGAGGCUCUUGAAGGCUAUUUCUCGUAUCCCCUUGUGGUACAGGCACAAGUCGCUGAUGACCACGUUGACUUGUACUACAGCUACCAUGCCAAUGUUGUCGAGGAAGCUCGUCUCGAAGCUAUUUCACACCAGCUGAGCCAUGUCAUCAACCAGCUUGUUACGGGAGGCAGUGCGUCUGUUCGAGACAUCUCAGUUUCUGGUCCUUGGGACUUGGAGCAAGCCAUGGCAUGGAACCAAGAUCCCACUCUGGUGGAUUCUCUGAGCCAUGAACUCAUCGCUGACAAGGCUGCGACUUCACCUGACCAUGAGGCCAUUUUCUCUACAGAGACAACACUCACCUUUGCCGAGCUAGAUCAAUAUUCCUCACAACUCGCUGCGCACUUGGUCAGUCUUGGCUUGGAAGUUGAGAUGGCUGUCCCCAUCUGCUACGAGAAGUCUGCCUGGGCCAUCGUCGCCAUGAUCGCCAUCAUGAAGGCUGGUGGCGCCUUCGUCCCCCUCGAUCCCGAACACCCAAUUGGCCGUCGUCAGGACCUCGCCUACGAGAUAGGGGCUGAUUUUAUGAUCGCAUCACCGUCAACCGCGGAGUCUUGCAAGGGCCUGGUGGACAAUGUCAUCGAGCUCAGUGCCGAAUCUUUUACUUCGUUCAACAGCUCAGCCUCAACUCUGCCACACGUUGGUUCCGAUUCUGCUGCUUACAUUCUCUUCACUUCCGGUUCCACCGGCAAACCCAAGGGAGUGGUCAUGGAGCACCAAGCCCUUAGCUCCAGCAGCGUCAUGGGUCACGGCAAAACAUAUAGGCUGGAUGCCUCCUCUCGCGUGCUGCAAUUCUCCAACUAUAUUUUCGACGUCAGCUUGGGUGAGAUCUUCAGCACGCUCGUUCACGGAGGCACAGUCUGUGUGCCCAAUGAGACCGAGCGUCUUCAGGGUACUGUUGACUUUAUGAACAAGGCCAAGGUCAACACAGCCAUGUUGACGCCAUCGUUCGCACGAACCAUCCCCCCAGCUAAUGUCCCUGGACUGAAGAAGCUGAUUGUUGGUGGCGAGGCUCCCACCAAGGAGACCUUGGCCAUGUGGUUUGACCACGUGGAGCUCAUCAACGGUUACGGACCAGCUGAAGCAUGUAUCUACUGCUGCACACACGACUUCCAAUCAAAAACCGAGGCCCCUGGAACGAUUGGUUGCGGUGCCAACAACGCUACGUGGGUCGUUGAACCUGACAAUCACAACCGCAUCGCACCCGUCGGCUGCGUGGGCGAGCUUGUCGUACAAGGUUAUGCUAUCGCACGUGGCUACGCCAACAAUGAGGAACUCACAGCACAAUUGUUCCUCGAGAAGGUCGACUGGCUCCCUACUUCCCCGUCGUCCCGUUUCUACAAGACGGGCGAUCUAGUUCGCUUUCAGCCUGGCGGCACCCUCGAGUACCUUGGGAGAAAGGACACGCAAGUCAAGAUUCGCGGUCAGCGCAUGGAACCUGGCGAGAUCGAGUAUGCUAUCAAGAGAGUGUCCGAAGCUGUCGAGCAUGUGGCUGUCGACGUUUUACGUUCUGAAUCACGCGAGAUCCUGACUGCCUUCAUCAGUUUCGCCGACAAGAAUGUCGAGGGCGAUGAAUUUUUCAUCACCCUGGACGGUGACAUGCAGCAAACCAUCAUGGCAGUCUCCGAGGAGCUCAGGAGCAUCAUCCCUGCGUUCAUGGUGCCCAAUUUAUUCCUGCCCGUUAGUGCCAUGCCUUUUGUGAGCGCGAUGAAGAUGGAUCGCAAACUGCUUCGCGAGACUGCCCAGGGGCUUUCGUCCGAGGAGCUUGCUACCUACGCAGGCGUCAGCCGCCAAAAGGUUGAGCCAACAACUGACAUGGAAUUUGCCCUCCGAAAGGUCUGGGCCCAAGUCCUGAAUAUUCCUGAAGAGGGGAUCGGCAAGAGUGACAGCUUCCUACAAAUUGGUGGUGACUCGAUCACCGCUAUCAAGCUUGUCUCCGCCGCGCAGAGCGCUGGCAUCGGUAUAACGGUCGCCGACAUAUUCGAAGACGCUCGUUUGUCAUCUAUGGCUGCUUCGGCCACCAAUGCUAAGGACGGCCCAUCCUACGACGUUGGUCCGUUUGAGCUACUCGAGGGCGAUCCCGAAGACAUCAAGAAUGAGAUCACCGCUCUCUGCGAUUUGGACGGCAACCAGUACGUCGAGGAUGCCUACCCAUGUGCGCCUCUCCAGACCGGGUUGAUCGCCUUGGCAGUCAAACAGCCUGGUUCAUACAUCGCCAAACAUGCCUUCCGCCUCAACCCGGUUGUCGACAUUGAGCGCUUCAAGGCCGCCUGGGAGCGCACUGUCGAGCUUUGUGCCAACCUCCGCACACGCAUUGUUGAGAUGGACGACGUGCCAGUCCAAGCUGUGAUCGCGAGCGACUUCAUUUGGGAAGACAACAGCGAACGCAAAUCUCUUGAUGAGCUGCUUGCGGACGCAAGCAGCGCCCGCAUGACGUUUGCGACACGGCUCAAUCGCUUUAGCAUAGGAUUUGAAGAGGAUGGGAGCCAUUCUUUCCUCUGGCUCAGUCACCACACCGUGUUCGAUGGAUGGAGCAUGCGCAUCGUUCUUGAAACCGUGUACCAGGUGUAUGGUGAUGCCGAGCUUCCACCAUUGCGGCCUUAUUCGGGCUUCAUUUCCUACACCACCAAGAUCGAUCUGGAGAAGGCUGGCGACUACUGGAAGCAGCAGCUUCGGGGGGCCCAGCGAAGUUCAUUCCCUCCUCGUCGCAACGCAGCCAAGCAUGGCGCCACACGCUACCUGACCAAGAUGAUCCAGCUGCCAGAGUCCACGGGCACCUCGAUCACAAAGGCAUCGAUCCUCCGCGCUGCCUGGGCCAUUGUCCUAGCCAAGUACAGCGAUACUGACGAUGUCACCUUUGGCGCCACGGUAUCUGGGCGUAACGCACCUGUGCCCGGCCUGGGAGCCAUGCCUGGCGCCAUGAUUGCGACAAUCCCUAUCCGCAUGCGCUUAAACCCCGACCAGACUGUCAACAGCUUCCUCCAGGACGUUCAGAAUCGAACCUCGGCCAUGAUUGCUCACGAGCAACUUGGCCUGCAGAACAUUGCAAGACUUGGACCGGAUUGCAAGGAAGCGUGUGACUUCACUUCUCUGAUGGUCAUUCAACCACUGCAGCAGAUGGGACUCAGCAGCAGCACUGAUAAUGAUCUGCUGCUACCUGGGCGAUCUGAUAGCAGCUCCAUCGAAGAAUCGAUGCAAGGCUUCUUCUCCUACCCAUUGGUCAUGCAGGGAGCGCUCGCAGACGACAUGCUCGAACUGUUCCUCAUCUGGGAUGCUUCGACUCUCAAGGAGCCACAAAUGCAGGCCAUGGCCCAUCAAUAUGAGAAGAUUGUCAACAGUCUGCUGAACCAGGACAACACGCCAUUGCGCGACCUGGUCUUGACAUCUGACUAUGAUGUCGAACGGGCCAUGCAGUACCGCGGCAGCGAUCCCACCAUUGUCGAAGACUGUAUUCACAAUUUCGUGGCUCGUCAAGCAGAAGAGCGCCCUGAAACCAUUGCUGUCCACGGCUGGGAUGCCCAGUUGACCUACAGACAGCUCAACAAUGCCGCCAACCGACUCGCAAAUUACCUCGUCAACAAGCACAACGUCAAGGUGGGCGAUAUCGUGCAUCUUCUCUUUGAGAAAUCUGCCUGGUAUAUCGUUGCAUUGCUCGCCGUCAACAAAGCCGGAGCCGCGUGGUCCCCAAUCGACCCGAGCCACCCUCAGCACCGCAAGGAACAGAUUACGUCCCAGACCCAAGCCAAAGUGGCCUUGUCCUCUCACCUGCACGCGGCCGCCUGUGAGAAGCUGAUUCCAAAUGUGGUUGUUGUCAAUGCAUCCCUCGUCGGCGACUUGAACCGGGCUAGGGAGAACCCGGAGACGGCUGUCACCCCUGAGGACGUGGCUUACAUUCUGUUCACGUCUGGUUCUACCGGUCUACCCAAGGGCUUCGUGAUGGAGCAUCGUAACCUGUGCACAGCUAUGGCCAACAUCAUUCCGAGGCUCGGCUGCGACGCCAACUCGACUUUCCUGCAAUUCGCCUCCAAUGUCUUUGACAUGUCGAUUGUGGAGAUGUUCCCAGCACUGACAACAGGCGCCACGUUGUUCGUCCCGGCAGACGAGGUGCGCAGCAACAACAUUCGUGGCUUCAUUCGUGACCACAAGAUCAAUACCCUCAUACUCACGCCGGCACUUGCAAGAACGAUCAAGCCAACAGAAGUACCAUGCGUUCAGACUCUCGUGCUAGCCGGCGAGGCCGUAUCUCGUGAUGUGUUCGACAGCUGGUUUGGAAAGGUUCGAUUCUUCAAUGGAUGGGGCCCUGCUGAGACCUGUAUCUUCUCAUCGCUGCACGAGUACAGAUCGUCUCACGAAUCACCCAGCACGAUCGGUAAACCCAUCGGCAGCUAUCUAUACAUCGUUGACCCCGACGACUACCACAAGCUGGCGCCUAUCGGCACAAUUGGAGAAGUCGUGAUCCAGGGCCCAACGACAUCCCGCGAGUACCUCGCCGCACCAGACAAGACGGCCGAUUUCUACAAGAACGACCUCCCUGCCUGGGCGCCUCGACAAGACGAAUGGGGUUUCCGUCGUUUCUACCGCUCAGGCGAUCUGUGCUUCUUCAACGCCGACGGCACGCUGGAAUAUACCAGCCGCAAAGAUACCCAGGUCAAGAUCCGAGGUCUGCGUGUCGAGCUCGGUGAAGUUGAACACAAUGUUCUACGCACCCUGCCUGGGGUCGCGACUGUCGUUGUCGACGUGCUACGCAACGAGACCGGCACUAACCUAGUCACUUACUUCUCCUUCAACGAGGACAACAGGAGUGCUGGAGCUGACCUUGAUCCCGCCAUGAAGGAUAUGUUUGGAUCAAUCACCCCGGAACUCGAAGGUCAGUUGGCUGCGAUGGUGGGUGAGCUGAAGAUUGCCCUGCCAAGCUACAUGGUUCCGUCCCUCUUUAUCCCGUGUAACUACAUGCCCUUCAACACAUCUGCCAAGCUCGAUCGGAAAGCUUUGGGACAGCAUAUCAAGACGCUCUCCAAAGAAGAGCUGCACCAAUAUGCUCUCAUCAGCGACAAGAAGCGUGCCCCCGAAACAAAGGCUGAGGAGCAGAUGCAAAUACUUUGGUCCAAGAUCCUCCAACUACCCACUGAGUCCAUUGGUCGCGACGACAGCUUCAUGGGUCUCGGCGGAGAUUCCAUUACCGCAAUGUCACUUGCCUCAGAGGGCCGCAAGCAAGGUCUUGCCAUCUCCGUGCAAGACAUCUUCAGCGACCCCCGCCUCUCGGCUGUCGCGACCAAAGCUACGGGCAAAGACUAUGAGCACUUUCAAGUCUCUCCUUUCGAGCUUGUUGCCGACGAGCACCGCAAGCUCGUCGUGGGUGAUGAAGUCCGCAAACAGUGCAAGCUUGAGCCUGGACAGCAAAUUGAGGACGCUUACCCGUGCACGUCUGUCCAGGAAGGCUUGAUGGCGCUGGCUGUCAAGGACCCCGGCUCGUACAUUGGCAAGCACGUUUACAAGCUAGGCUCAAACAUUGAGCCUUCUCGAUUCAAAGAGUCUUGGAAGCGCACUGUCGAGAUCUGUGGCAACUUGCGCACCCGCAUUGUGGACGUUGGCGGCUCUUUUUAUCAAGUCCUCCUCAAGCCUGACUUUAGGUGGGAAGCCACCGAGCGUAUGGACGUCAAAUCUUACCUGAAAAAGACGGAGAGCCUCGAGAUGCGUUAUGGCACCCCUCUGUGCAGAUAUGCUCUCUUCCACGACCAGUCUGGCGAGUACUACUUCGUCCUUGUUCUCCAUCACGCUGUGUCUGAUGGUUUCUCGUUGGUUGUCAACAUGUCGACCCUCGAGAGCGCCUAUGCCGGUGAGGAAACCAUUGAACUACAGCCAUAUGCCUCCUUCAUCAAGUAUGUCGUCAACCAGGAUCAGGACGCCGCUCGCGAGUUCUGGGCCGCCCAGCUCGAGGGCGCUAAACAGGCGACCUUCCCUCCUGCCAACCCAGUGCCCGGUCAAGGGGAGAAAAAGGUCGGCAUCCUGCGACGCGACAUCAACUUCCCGAAGCGUGGCAACAGCCCUAUCACUAAGGCUUCCGUCAUCCGCGCUGCUUGGGCCAUUCUGCUUGGACGCUACGCAGACCAAGACGAUGUGACAUUUGGCACUACAGUCUCCGGUCGACAAGCUCCUGUUCCCGGGCUUGAGACCGUCGUUGGUCCGGCUGUCGCCACGGUCCCUGUUCGUGUUCGCUUAGACCAGACCAAGACUGUCUGGAGCUUCCUCGAGGCUGUCCAGAAACAAGCGUCCGACAUGAUUCCUUACGAGCAGUUUGGUGUCAGGCGCAUCAUGCAAAUCAGUGACACAGCGAGGGAGGUCUGCGAUUUUUCCUCGUUGCUCGUCAUUCAGCCUAUGCAGAAGCUGGACACCGAUGUCAACUCGGACGCUGUCCUGACGUCGGAUAUUGAAGAGCUGUCCAUCGAGUCCUCACUUGAGGGAUACUUUACGUAUCCCCUCGUUAUCGACGCACUGGUCUAUGACGAGGGAGUCGAACUCUUGUGCUCUUACCAAACCGACGUCAUCACCGAGGCGCAAAUAGAUGCACUUGGUCACCAAUUUAACCACGUAGUCUCGCAACUCACCGCCCAGACAGAUCAGCCGCUCAAUUCUGUCACCGUGGCUGGUCCCUGGGAUCUGGAGCGCGCCAUGAGCUUCAACAGGCAUACGCCAGAAGUUGUUGACGCUUGUAUCCAUGAUCUGAUUUCGAAGAAAGCUGCCGAGCAACCUCACCACCAGGCUGUCUUCUCCACCGAAGGGUCUUUCAACUAUGCUGAGCUUGAUCGGCUGUCCACUCAGUUGGCUAUCUACCUUGCGCAGAUGGGUGUCAAGGUCGAGACUAUGGUUCCCUACUGUUUUGAAAAGAGCAGGUGGACGAUAGUGGCGAUGCUUGCCAUCCUCAAAGCCGGUGGCAUCUUUGUCCCCCUCGACCCCUCGCACCCCAAGGGUCGUCGGCAACAGAUCGUUGCCGAGACCAAGGCAGAAUUCUUGCUUGUCUCUUCCACUACAGCCGAGAAAUGUACCGAUCUGACAACAGACGAGGUCGCCCAGCUGCCAGACAAGGUCGUAUCGUCCAACGCGGCCUAUGUUCUCUUCACAUCCGGCUCCACGGGUAAGCCAAAGGCCAUUGUUGUCGAACAUUCCGCUCUUUGCGGCAGUGUCCUUGGCUAUGGACGCGCCUACCACAUGAGGCCUUCCAGCCGUGUGCUGCAAUUCUCGAGCUAUGUCUUCGACGUGAGCUUAUCCGAGAUGCUCGAAACCUUAGUCUUUGGCGGUACCAUAUGCACACCUACCGACCAGCAACGACUCGAGGGCCUCACCGGCUUCAUUCUCGAGGCCAACGUGAACACGGCGAUGCUUACCGGGUCAUUCCUCAAAACAAUUGACCCGACCGAUGUUCCCACUAUCGACAUGCUUUUGUUGGUGGGUGAGGCCCCGACAAAAGAUGCUCUCCAGACAUGGCAACCUCGGGCGCGAGUCAUCAACGCCUACGGUCCUUCUGAGGUGUCGAUCUUUAUCGGGUCGCAUGAGUACAAGUCACGAAACGAGCAACCGACCAACGUCGGAACGGCAUUCACGGGGAACAUGUGGAUCGUGGAGACGGAUGACUACAACAAGCUGACGCCCAUUGGAUGCGUUGGCGAGAUCCUUAUCCAGAGGAACAUGGCUCGCGGCUAUCUCAAUGAUCCGGAGAGGACCAACGCCUCCUUUAUCCGCAAUGUUGAUUUCCUUCCUGCUGUCGAGGCUGAAAGCCCUGUCAAGUUCCACAAGUCGGGUGAUCUUGCGCGUUACAACGCCGACGGCACCGUCGAAUAUCUUGGCCGUCGCGACACCCAAGUCAAGCUUCGCGGGUACCGUAUCGAGCUUGGUGAAAUCGAGUACAACAUCCAGCUCUCACUAGCCAACACCGAAUACGCUGCCGCCGACGUGGUCAACAUUGGCGGUCGGGACAUACUUGUGGGCUUUGUGAGCUUCAAUGUGCCUGUCGAAGAAGGCGAGACGGGUGAAGUCCAGGUGCCCGAAAACACGAUCCCGAUGAGUAAAAAUCUCAAAAAGAUCUUUGGUAGCCUGAUUGAGGACCUCGAGAAUGUCCUACCUACCUACAUGGUACCGUCGCUGCUCCUACCAUUGCGCAAAAUGCCUUUCAACACUUCACUCAAGCUUGACAGGGCUAUUCUUCGUCAGCUCGCCGCCAGCCUGACGCAAGAACAGCUCUCACUGUUUUCAUUGUCGAACGACGAGCGAAUAGAGCCUACCACGGAGAUGGAAUUCAAAUUGCGCGAUCUAUGGGCCCAGGUGAUCAAGGUUGAGCCCGGGAGCAUCAGCAAGAAUGACAACUUCCUGCAGAUUGGUGGCGACUCCAUGUCUGCUAUUCGGCUCGUUUCCCUGGCUCAGAAGGGAAACAUCAGUCUCAGUGUUGCCGAGAUCUUUGCCAACCCCCGUCUUUCCAGCAUGGCUAUCAAGGCUACGGGUGCUGGCGCUGUCAGGACGUACGAAGCGCCUCCCUUCAGCAUGCUGCACGUGUCCAAGGAGGAGGUCCUGGCGCGCAUCAGAAAGCAAUGCGAAUUCCAGGACAACCAGGUCAUUGACGACGCAUUCCCUGCCACCGCACUCCAAGAGGGCCUCAUGGCGCUCGCCGUCAAACAAUCAGGCUCAUACACUGCGCAGGUCAUGUUCCGCAUUGCUGAUACGGUGGACCUUGCUCGCUUCCGCGCUGCAUGGGAGCGUACCGUCGAGCUCUGCACGAACCUCCGUACAAGAAUUGUCACCUUCCAGGGGACCACUCUACAGGUUCUUGUUGGCAACGACGACGCGUGGGAGCCUAACCACGGCCUGAGCAUUAAGUCAUUCCAAGAUGAAGUUAGCUCUACCCCGAUGGUGUAUGGCUCGCGUCUCGCAAGAUACGCCAUCGUCCAAGACAAGGGCAAGCAGUAUUUCAUGCUGGCUAUGCAUCACACCAUCUAUGAUGGAUGGACCAUGAGCCUUGUGGUCAGGACGCUGAUGUCUGCCUAUCUCGGGACUCCUAUGACACCCCUCUAUCCCUACGCCAACUUUGUCAAAUACACACGCGAAAUGAACGAGGCGGCUGCUCGCGAGUUCUGGAACACGCAACUGGCGGGCGCAACUCAAGCUACUUUCCCUCCAACCAUGAGGCCAGCCAAGAGCAUAACGCGUACAGUCCACAGGCACAUUGUGUUCCCUAAGUCAGCAGAUGCGUCCAUUACAAAGGCUACUAUUGUCCGCGCUGCGUGGGCCAUUAUCCUGGCUCGCUACUGCGAUGUAGAUGAUGUGACGUUUGGUAUGACCAUGUCCGGUCGCCAAGCGCCUGUCCCGGGCUUGAGCGACAUGCCUGGUGCCGCCAUCGCGACAGUACCUGUCCGUGUUCGUUUCGAGGAGAGUACCAUCCCUGAGUUCCUACAAAGUGUGCAGAACAAGGCCACCGAAAGUAUUGCAUAUGAGCAGUUUGGCCUGCACAACAUUGCAAAGAUCAGCUCAGAGACGCAAGAGGCUUGUAACUUUAGCAGCCUGCUCGUGGUCCAGCCCUUUUCCCCUGUCGCCGCCAUGAGUGACAGCCCUGAUGCGGUCCUGCUCCCUGUCGAGAAGGAAGAGUCUGGCGACAACAAUUUUGAGGGCUACUUCAACUAUCCCCUUGUCAUCCAGUCUUACGUGUCAGAGAAUGAGACAACCUUGGGUAUCACUUACGAUGAGGCUGUCAUCCCCGCCGCGCGCCUCGAAGCCCUAUGUCAACAUUUCGACCACGUCAUUCAGGAACUUGUUCCGGAAAACAACAAGCCUCUGGCGGAUCUAUCCGUCGCGUCUGAGUGGGAUCUCCAGAAAGCUAUCGAGUGGCAAGGCGAGGCGCCCGAAGUCAUCAACCGCUGCUGGCAUGAGCUCUUUGAAGACCACGCGGCCUCUCAGCCCGACGCUGUUGCUGUCAAUGGCUGGGAUAAGCUUUUCACGUACGCUGAUCUCAACACCACUGCCAACCGCCUCAGUCACUACCUUGUCAAAGCACUCAACGUGCACAAGGAGGACCGCAUUUUGGUGUGUAUGGAAAAGUCCGCUUGGCACACAGUCUCCCUGCUAGCCAUUGGCAAAGCUGGCGCAACCUGGGUGCCUUUGGAGCCCUCACACCCUCAGUCUCGCCAAGCUUACAUCGUUGAAUGCACUGAUGCCAAGGUCGUUCUCACUUCGCCUAGAUACCAGCAAGCCUGCUCCGAGUUCAUCGACACCGUGAUCCAGGUGACCCCUGCGCUCGACGAGGAACUAUCCCAAGACACAACUACGAGUCUGAGCGGUCCUGUCAAAGACAUAUCACCACGGACUGCUUCCCACAUUCUGUUUACUUCUGGUAGCACGGGUGUGCCGAAAGGAUACAUCAUCGAGCAUCGUUCUCUCGUGACCAGCCAGGUUGCCAUGUGGAAGAGGCUCCGUAUGACUCCGUCGGUUCGCAUGCUCCAAUUUGCGUCUUAUGUAUUCGACAUGAGCGUCAGCGACACCAUCGGCUCCAUGAUGCUGGGUGCCUCCAUCCACGUUCCCUCGGAAGAUACCCGUAUGAAUGGUCUAGUCGACUAUGUCAACGCCAACAAUAUCAAUUGGCUCUUCUUCACACCUGCCUUUGCGCGCACCCUGCGCCCGGAGGACAUGCCGCAGGUCGAGUUUAUGGUUGUCGGUGGCGAGGCCAGUGCCCAGGAUCUCCUCGAUAACUGGUUCGGCAAGGUUCGACUGGUUAAUGCUUGGGGUCCUGGCGAGACAACUGUGUGCUCCGCUCUUUGGGAGUACCAGUCAAAGAACGACUCGCCCGCCAACAUUGGUCGUCCCUUGGGUGCUCAGUGUUGGAUCGUGGAUCUCAAGAAUCCGAUGCGUCUGGCCCCCGUGGGCACCAUUGGCGAGAUUGUCAUUCAAGGCCCUACCUUGAUGAGGGAGUAUCUUGGUGACGAGGAAAAGACUCGUGCUGCGGUGAUUGCACCACCUGAAUGGGCACCGCGACGGAACGAGGAGGGCUGGGAUCGCAUGUAUCUCUCGGGCGAUCUUUGCUCAUACAACCCAGAUGGUACCAUUGAAUACCUGUCUCGCAAGGAUACACAGAUCAAGAUCCGUGGUCUCCGGGUCGAGUUGGGUGAAGUCGAAUACCACCUCCACGAGAACUUGCCAGGAGUCCGUCAGGUCGCUGUCGAUGUGUUGAAAUCGUCGGACGCCGGAGCGACCCUGGUGGCUUUUUUCUGCUACAAUGACGAGACGCGCCAGUCCGCAACGGCUGACGACCUCUUCAUGGAGCUCACGCCCGAUCUACAGGCACAAGUAACCGAGAUGGUGGGCAGGUUACAGGUUAUCCUACCUGGUUACAUGGUGCCCACCGUCUUUAUUCCAAUGUGCUCCAUGCCGUUCGGCACGUCGCACAAGCUUGACAGAAAGACACUCAAGCAGCUGACUGCCGAGCUCUCCCAGCAGGAAUUAGCUGGAUACUCUCUAGUCGACGCUGACAAGAGACCUCCGGAGACCGAGAUGGAAGAGCGUCUACAGAUCAUCUGGGCCGAAAUACUAAAUCUACCCAAGGACAGCAUUGGUCUUGACGAUAGCUUCCUUCGCAUCGGCGGCGACUCUAUCAGCGCUAUUUAUCUGGUCACGGCCGCUCGCGAGCACGGCAUCCAACUGUCAGUCAAGGACAUCUUUGAUGACCCUCGCCUAUCUGCCGUGGCCGAGUCCGCUAUCGAGACCGAAGCCACUGGUUCCGAGGAGCACUUGGGGCCAUUCGAGCUUUUGAGUGAUGCCUUGAAGGCUGUAGCUUUGUCACAGUCUGUCCGCGACAUCUGUGGCUUGUCAGACGACCAGGUGAUCGAGAACGCCAUGCCCGUGACAGCCUUGCAAGAAGGUCUCAUGGCCCUCGCAGUCAAACAACCGGGUUCCUACAUUUCCAAGUGGGUCUAUAAGCUUGGAAGAAAUGUGGACAUUGUCAAGUUUAAGGCAGCUUGGGAGGAAACCGUCAGGCGUUGCAGCAAUCUUCGGGUUCGCAUCCUCCGCGCAAACAACACAACGAUCCAGAUCAUUGUCAAGGAUGACGUGACCUGGGAGGAAGCCGACGGUCUGAGCCUCGGAGCUGUUAUUCGACGGGCGAACCAGUUUGAGAUGACAAUGGCAUCGCGCCUCAGCCGGUAUGCGUUGGUGAAGGAGCCUAACUCUGACGUCCAUCAUUUCAUUGUUGCCGCUCACCACGCCGUCUUCGAUGGUUGGGCACAGCGUCUCAUUCUCGGCACCCUCGUUGAUGCUUACACCGAGAUGUACAGCAUGAACCUGCAGCCUUUCGACCGCUUCAUCAAAUACACCCGCGACAUGGACGGCGAGGCUGCCCAGCAGUACUGGCUUGGACAGCUGCGGGAUGCCAAAAAGUGCAGCUUCCCGUCAACAUCCAAGCAAGGCAAAGGCGCGAGGGCCACGAAGAUUAUUACCAAGAUCAUUGAUCUUCCGGACACCCCUGAGCUGUCUAUCACCAAGGCCUCGGUAAUCAGGGCGGCUUGGGCCAUGGUCCUGGCCCGCUAUUGCGACACAGACGAUGUCACCUUUGGCACGUCGGUCUCUGGUCGACAGGCUCCUGUGCCAGGGUUAGGUGAAAUUGCCGGCCCUGUGGUAGCCACGAUACCUGUGCGUGUCAAGCUCGAUCGUAAACAAAACGUGGCUGCAUUCUUGAAUGCUAUUCAGUCACAGGCCACUGAAAUGAUUGCUUAUGAGCAAUAUGGUCUGCAAAACAUCCAGAAAUUAGACGCCGAGAUACAGGAUGCCUGUGAUUUUAGCAGCUUGCUCGUUGUCCAACCAUUCCAGAGAAUGGCUGAGAUGGGAAGCGACUCGGACUCCCUGCUGUUGGCCCCUGACAUCGACUCUGAUGUUACCGAAGGCAACCUGGAGGGCUACUUCAGCUACCCUCUUGUCAUGCAGACAAUCAUUUACGAUGACAAGAUUGCGCUGAACUUGACCUGCGACUCCUCAUUGGUGGCUGAGCCACAAAUGAGCGCCAUCCUGGAGCAGACCGAGCAUGUCAUCCACUCACUUCUUCUUCAGACGGAGAGUGAACUCGGAAGCGUCACCGUUGCUGGCGAUUGGGACUUUGAACAGGCUAAGAAGAGCAAUGUCGAGGUGCCCGAGAUUGUGAAUUCGACCUUCCAUGACAUGGUGGCCGAACAGGCCAGACUGCGUGCUGAUGGUAUCGCUAUCAACGCCUGGGACGCCAAGCUCACAUACAAGGACUUCAACGACGCCGCUGAGCGACUCGCUUCGGUACUGAUCGCGGACUACAGCGUACAGCCCCGUGAUCUUGUUCACGUGUGCUUCGAGAAAUCCGCAUGGCACUUUGUGUCCAUCCUCGCGAUCAACAAAGCCGGCGGCACUUGGGUGCCUCUUGAUCCCUCGCAUCCUCGUCAGCGAUUGGAGCAGGUUGCAUCGCAAACCGGAGCCAGGCUUGGCUUGACCUCGCCCCAGAACUCUCAGAUAUGCCGUGAGCUCAUGCCUCAAAUUGUCGAGAUCACCUCCGAGUUCGUGGACAACCUUGAGGCCCCAAGCAAGGAGCUCCCCAAGGUGUCGCCGUCUGAUGCUGCUUACGUUCUCUUCACCUCCGGCAGCACUGGCACGCCAAAGGGCCUCGUCAUGGAGCAUGUCUCUGUCUGUACGAGUCAGAAAGCCAUCGCCAGGCGACUACGCUUGACGCCCGAGGUGAACAUGUUGCAGUUCGCUGCCUUUGUCUUCGACCUAUCUAUCGGUGAGAUCGUGGGCCCCUUGAUUCAUGGUGCUACUCUUAGCAUCCCUUCAGAGUCGAUUCGCAUGAAUGGUCUUACGGACUUCAUCCGUGACAAUAAGGUCACCUGGUCAUACUUUACCCCAGCCUUCGCUCGCACCCUCAAGCCAGACAUGGUUCCGUCGCUGGAAUUACUGUUGUUUGCUGGCGAAGCCGUGCCCAGGGACGUUUUUGAGACUUGGUUCGGAUCUGUGCGUCUAGUCAACGGCUGGGGCCCUGCCGAAACCUGUUGUUUCUCAACCCUCCACGAGUGGAAGAGUGCCGCCGAAUCGCCCCUGACAAUCGGCCAGCCCGUCGGCUCCUUCUGUUGGGUCGUGGAGCCUGGCAAUCCUCACAAGUUAGCGCCUACCGGUACUCUCGGCGAAGUGGUCCUGCAAGGCCCCACGCUCUUGCGCGAGUAUCUCGCCAACCCUGAAAAGACUGCCGAGACGACGGUGUACGAUCUGCCGGACUGGGCACCCAACUCGAGCGACUCCCACUGGAACCGCUUCUACAAAUCAGGCGACCUCUGCUUCUACAAUGCAGACGGCUUCCUCGAGUUCAGCAGCCGCAAGGACACACAGGUCAAGAUUCGUGGCCUUCGUGUUGAAUUAGGUGAGGUUGAGCACCAUGUCCGGUCCAACCUGCCUGGUAUCCGGCAACUGGCCGUGGACGUGUUCAGAGCAGAAAAAGGCACAAAUCUCGUGGCAUAUUUCUGUUACUCUGAUGAGAGCCGCACCGCCAGCAGCAGCACGACCUAUGAGGACAUGUUCCUCCCGAUCGACGCCAAGCUAAACCGCCAGCUGUCUGCUCUUGUAGGCAAGCUCAGCGUGUCCCUGCCGCGGUAUAUGAUCCCAACACUUUUCGUCCCCUGCAAGUUCAUGCCCUUUAUCACAUCAACCAAAAUGGACAGGAACACGCUGCGCGCCGAGACCGGCAAGUUGGAACACGCCCAGCUGAACAACUACGCCCUGCUUGAUGGAGAGAAGCGAGGCCCUGCCAAUCCCACGGAAGCCCGUCUCCAGCACAUCUGGGCUGAGUUGCUCAACAUACCCGCUGAGUCGAUUGGCCGCGACGAUAGUUUCCUUCGCAUCGGGGGCGAUUCCAUCGCAGCCAUCCAGCUUGUCAGCGCCCUUCGCGAGAACGGUUUGCAAGUCGCCGCCAAGGAUAUUUUCGAUGAUUCGCGGCUGUGUGCCGUGGCGGAGAGGACAGUCGAGACCGACGUCGCCGAUGCUUCCUCUCAGCAGAUCGAGCCAUUCGGUCUGCUGAACAUGCCCGCGUCGGUCAUUGACAAGGUAGUUCGUGAGGAGGCUGGUCUGAAGCCCUCUCAAUCCGUGGUCGAUGCGUACCCAUGCACUUCUCUCCAGGAGGGUCUCAUGGCGCUCUCUACCACACAGCCUGGAUCAUACAUUGCCCGCUAUAGCUUCAAGCUAGCCGCUAAUGUCGAUGUCAACCAGUUCAAGGCUGCGUGGGAGCGUACCGUGAUCAAGUGUCCCAACCUACGCACUCGGAUUGUCAUGGUGGGCGGCCAGUGCGUGCAGGCCAUCGUUAACGAGGACACUAACUGGGAAACCGUACAUACGGACAAUCACCGCGAGUUUAUGAAGUAUGCCAAGACAGUGGAGAUGACAUAUGGAUCUCUCCUGAACCGCUACGCUCUCAUAACAGAGCCCAGCGGUGACAACUACUUCACAUGGGUGGUGCACCACACCACCUACGACGGAUGGACGCUUCGUCUGCUGCUUGGCACACUGUAUGCCGAGUUCAUGGGGACGCAAGGGUUUAAUCUUCAGCCAUACUCUGGCUUCAUCCGUUUCGUGCAGUCCAUAGACCGCGAGACGGCCAAGACUUUCUGGUCGAGCCAACUCGAGGGCGCCAGGAAGGCCACCUACCCUCCCACCAACAAGGUACGGUCCGGAAACGGGACGCGUGUGAUGAACAAGACCAUCAGCUUCCCCCGCACCACGGACUCUUCCAUCACAAAGGCCACGAUUCUGAGGGCGACGUGGGCCAUUGUCCUCGGCCGCUACAGCGAUACUGACGACGUCACGUUUGGCACGACCAUCAGUGGUCGCCACGCCCCGGUGGUUGGUCUCGCAGACAUGCCUGGUCCCAUGGUCGCUACGGUGCCCGUGAGGGUCAGACUUGAUCCCGAGACUGAUAUACACACAUUCCUCAAGGGCGUACAGGAUCAGGCCUCGGAUAUGAUUGCCUUUGAGCAGUUUGGCAUGCAAAACAUUGCCCGUAUCAGCCCUGAAGUACAGGAGGCCACCGACUUUUCCUCCCUUUUGGUGAUUCAACCCUUCCAGCAGAUGUUUUCUGUUGGUAAUGAGACUGAGGAGGAUGCUUGGCUUCUUCCUGCGGAAGAUGCGUCCGCCUCUGAUGGCGAUGGCGAGACCGGCGAGUCCAUGGAGGGCUACUUCAGCUACCCACUGGUGGUUCAGGGCCAGGUUGCCGACUCUCACGUGCAACUACAGCUGAUCUACGAUUCAGAUGUCCUCUGCAAAGAGCAGAUGUCUGCUCUGUCUGCUCAAUUUGACCAAGUGACGCAGCAGCUCAUCGAAAACGAUGCUUCACCCCUCAAAAAUAUCAACGUUGCCUCGAGCAUGGACCUUGACCUGGCCUACAAGUUCAACCCCGAGAUCCCUGAGCUCAUUGACUCUACUUUCCAUGGCCUCUUUGCCCAGCAGGUUGCCAUCCGACCUGACGAUAUGGCUGUCCGAGCUCAUGAUGGAGUGAUGACCUACGACCAACUCGACAAGGCCUCGAACCGCCUUGCUCACCACCUGAUUGACCAAGGUGUCAAGCAGCAUGGCCUCGUCCAGGUGUGCUUUGAGAAGAGUAUCUGGCACAUUGUGUCCAUUCUGGCUAUUAACAAGGCCGGUGCUGCCUGGGUUCCCCUAGACCCUGGGCACCCGGAGCAACGCCAGCGCCAGAUUGUCGACCAAACGGGCGCCACUAUCGCCCUCACAUCUGCGGACAACCUAGAGCUCUGCUCGAGGCUGGUCGACAAGGUCCUCAAGGUCUCCGCUCACCUCGACCAACAGCUUGCCGAUGAUGUUGCCUUAGAUGUCGCCCCGGAUGUUGAGGCGCGUCCUGAGGAUGCCAUCUAUGUUCUGUUCACGUCCGGAUCGACGGGUACACCCAAGGGCCUGGUUAUGGAGCAUGGGGCUGUCUGUACCGCCCAGACAGCCUUUGCCAAACGCCUUGGCCUGGCACCCGAAGUCAAUCUACUGCAGUUUGCUUCUUUCGUCUUUGAUUUCUCGGUCGGCGAAAUUGUCGGUCCCCUGAUCACGGGUGCGACCGUCUGUGUGCCGUCCGACCACACGAGGAUGAACAACUUGACCGAGUACAUCAACGAAGCCAACAUUACAUGGCUCUUCCUGACGCCUGCCUUUGCUCGUACUAUCGUACCGGCAAGCGUCCCGAACGUCACGCUGUUGUGUCUCGGUGGCGAGGCCGUCACUCGCGAUGUGCUUGAGAACUGGUUCGGACACGUCCGCCUUUUCAAUGGCUGGGGGCCUUCCGAAACUUGUGUCAUCUCCAUCAUGCACGAGUUCAACUCGAUAGAAGAUAGCCCCUUAACCAUCGGACGUCCAGUGGGAGGCUUUGCCUGGAUUGUAGACCCUAACGAUCCGCAGAAGCUGGCCCCUGUCGGCACCCUGGGAGAGGUCGUUAUCCAGGGUCCUAAUCUCCUAAGAGAGUACCUGGCCGAUCCCGAGCGCACCGCCGAAGCCUUGGUACCGACACCUCCGAAAUGGGCGCCUCGCACGAGUCUCAAGCCAUGGUCCAAGUUCUACAAGUCUGGUGACUUGUGUACCUACAACCCCGAUGGCACGAUUGAGUUCUCCAGCCGAAAGGACAAGCAGGUCAAGAUCCGCGGGCUCCGAGUUGAACUCGGCGAGAUUGAGCACCACAUUGGCGCUCAACUCCCUGGCGUAAGCCAAGUCGCUGUUGAUGUAUUCAAGGGCGACAAGGGGACCACUUUGGCCACCUACUUCUGCUUCGACAAGGCCACGCGUGGCUCGGCGCAGGGGACCAACAUGUUCACGCCGUUGCAUAGGGACCUGCAAAAGACACUGACGGCCGUGGUGAGCAAGCUCGACCGCAACGGUCUUCGUUCGCGUCUUGAGCAGCUCAAUAGGGCAGAGCUGGCUGAGUAUGCCCUCAUGGCUGGUGAGAAGCGCAUCCCUGACACGUCUGUUGAGAUGCAGCUGCAGAAGAUUUGGGCCCAACUGUUGGAUAUUCCCGAGUCCACAGUUGGGAAGGACGAUGCUUUCCUCCAAAUUGGUGGUGACUCCAUCCUGGCGAUCCAGCUUGUGUCGCGUGCUCGCGAGAGUGGCAUCUCCAUCACGGUCAAGGAUAUCUUUGAUGACUCGCGUCUUUGUAGCGUCGCCGCCAGGGCUUCCUCGGUCCAAGUCGACAAUGAUAGCGACAGCAUUCCUCCAUUCAGCUUGCUACCUGCUGAUAUGCGCGAGGUCAUACUGUCGACGGAUUGUGUUCACCAGAAGUGCAGCCUCAACGCGGAUCAAGAAAUUGAAGACGCCUUCCCUACCAUCGCCCUGCAAGAGGGCAUGAUCGCUCUCGCGGAGAAGCAGCCUGGCUCACACAUUGCCAAGUACGUCUACAAGCUGGCUGAUGAUGUGGACCCCGACAAGUUCCGCGCUGCGUGGGAACGUACCGUUGCCCACUGCGCAGUCCUGCGGACCAGAAUUAUCCAGCUGGGCGGCGAGUCCAUCCAGGUUGUUGUCAGCGGCGACGUCCACUGGGAGCCAUCUUCACCAGACGCCACCUCCUUCGUCAGGGAGGUUUCUGCCAAUUCCAUGGGCUAUGGUCGCCGUCUCAGCCGCUAUGGGCUCGUUCGCGAGGCCGAAGCCAACUACUUCUGCUGGGUGGUUCAUCACUCUGUCUACGACGGUUGGUCUUCUCAGCUCGUCCUCCGCACCCUCUUCUCCUGUUACUAUGGGGAAGAAGACGAAGACCUUGGUCUGGCCCCUUAUGCUGCCUUUGUCAAGUAUGUUAUGAGUGUUCCCGAGGAGCAGACCAAGGCGUUCUGGCGCAACCAGCUCGAGGAUGCCACCCGUGCGAGCUGGCCUCCUACCACCACCAAGUCGGGCGCAAGCGAGUCGGCCAGCACGGCCAAGAUUCUCGUCAAGAACAUUGACUUGCCCAAGAAGGACAGUGGCAUCACCAAGGCCACCAUCUUGCGCGCCGCGUGGGCCGUUGUCUUGGCCCGCUACUGUGAGAACGAGGAUGUCACCUUUGGCACGACAGUGUCAGGCCGACAGGCGCCUGUUGCCAAUUUGUCAGAGAUGCCCGGUCCGACGCUGGCCACGGUGCCCAUUCGAGUCCGUCUCGACAGCCAGCAGACCAUCUCGGGCUACCUGCAACAAAUCCAGAACCAGGCCCUCGAGAUGAUUCCAUAUGAGCAAUACGGUCUGCAGAACAUCAACAGGCUCGGGCGUGAUGCUGAGGAGGCGGCCUCCUUCUCGUCACUUUUGGCCGUGCAGCCUGCGCAGCAAUUCGCCGGCAUGAGUGGCGACGCCUACUCGCUGCUCAUGCCUGACACGACCGAGAAGAUCAGCGUCGAGGAGGCCAUGGCAGGCUACUUCACCUUCCCGCUCGUAGUCCAAGGCCGGAUCCUUGACAGUGGUGUUGACGUCGUGCUCACCUACAACUCCGACAUCCUCAGCGAGAACCAGAUGACUGCCCUGUCAGAGCAAUACGCCAACGUCGUGCAGCAGCUCCUCUCUGAAAGCGACGAGCCUCUGUCUACACUCGCCGUCGCAGGUGAAUGGGACGUUCGAAAGGCACACGAGUUCAACAGCCACACGAUUGACGUACACGACAAGACAUUCCACGGAAUGGUGGAAGACGUCGCCCGUGGCCAGCCUGAAGCCUGGGCUGUGCGCUCCUGGGACGGCGAGUUCACGUACGCUGAGCUCGACCGUGCUGCCAACCGCCUAGCGCACCAUCUUGCAAACUACUAUGGUGUGCAGGUCGGUGAUCUGAUCAUGCUCUGCUUUAACAAAUCUGCCUGGUACCAGGUGGCCAUUCUGGCCAUCAAUAAGGCCGGUGGUGCUUGGGUGCCUGUCGAUCCCUCACACCCACCUGCUCGUAAGCAGCAGAUUGCCGACCAGGUCCAUGCCAAGGUAGCCCUUGUCUCUCCUGGCAAUUUCAAGCCCAUGGCUGGUCUCGCAGGGAGUGUGCUGGUCGUCGGCACAUCCCUCGACAGACAACUCCAGGCCAGCACUGGCGCCGGUGAAAAGGGACCGUCUGUAACCGUCGCCCCCCAGGACAUUGUCUACGUCUUCUUCACAUCUGGCAGCACUGGCACGCCAAAGGGAUUCGUUAUUGAGCACCAUUCUCUGUGCACAAGUCAGAUGAACAUUUGGAACACUCUGCGGAUGCCUUUUGGCAAGGCUCGGACACUUCAAUUUGGCUCGCACGUCUUUGAUAUCUCCGUCGCGGAGAUCGUCAGCACCUGGUUCUUUGGUGGCUGUUUGUACGUUCCCGACGAUGAGACGCGCAUGAACAACAUUGUCGAGUACAUCAACAAGUGGGAGAUCAACUGGGCACUCCUCACACCCGCCUUUGCUCGCGGCAUCAAGCCCAAGGACGUCCCGUCUCUCGAGUUCCUGCUUGUCGGCGGUGAAGCCUGCACGCAGGAGAUUCUCGACGCCUGGAAGAACGAGGUCCAGCUCGUCAACGCCUGGGGCCCUGCUGAGACCACCUUCGCCAACACAGCUCACAAGGUUGGCCCGAACAGCACGCCCGGCACCAUUGGUAGCCCCGUCGCAGCGUACGUGUGGAUCGUCGAGCCUAACGAUCCUACUCGUCUCGCACCCAUCGGAACCAUCGGUGAGAUUGUCAUCCAAGGUCCCACCAUCAUGAGGGAGUACAUUGGUCUCCCUGACAAGACGGCCGAGGCCAUUCUCGAGGGUCUGCCACAGUGGGCGCCUCGUCACAACGAGCGUGGCUGGAAUCGCUUCUAUAAGUCUGGUGACCUCGCUUCGUAUAAUGCCGACGGCACCAUUGAGUUCUGUUCACGCAAGGAUACCCAAGUCAAGAUCCGUGGUCUACGCGUGGAACUCGGUGAGGUGGAAUACCACAUCAAGAACGCUCUCGUGGGCGUCCAGCAGGUCACUGUCGAUGUCUUCAGAUCUGAUACCGGCGCUAGUCUGGUUGCCUACUUCUCCUACGACGAUUUCACGGGCCGCCGCUCCGAGUCGUCGCCCUUUGAGCAGCUUACAUCCGAGCUGCAGAGCGCCGUGACGGCACUCGUCGGUACACUCGCCGUCAGCUUGCCCUCCUACAUGGUCCCGGUUAUGUUUAUUCCCUGUAACUUCAUGCCAGUCACGGCAUCAGGCAAGUUGGAUAGAAAGUUGCUCAAGACACUGACCGAGGAGCUGUCCAAGGAGGAGCGGGCUGCUUAUGCUUUGGCUGAGGCCGACAAGAGGCCACCCGAGACGGAGAUGGAGACGCGAAUGCAAAAGCUGUGGUCGGAAGCUCUGGACAUCGCGCCUGAAUCCAUCGGCCGAGACGAUAGCUUUCUCCGUAUUGGCGGUGAUUCUAUCGCUGCCAUCCAGCUUGUGACGCUAGCUCGUGACGCUGGUCUGUCGCUUUCCGUGAAGGAUAUCUUUGCUGAUCCACGACUUUCCACUCUGGCCAUCAAGUGCAUCGAGGGCACGAGCGGUGUCAUCGAGGAGGUCUCGCCAUUCUCCUUGCUCGACAGCGAGCGGAAGAGACUCGUUCUCGCGGAAGCCGACCAGCGUAUCGACAUCUUGGACCAACGUCACAUCAUUGAGGACGCAUACCCUUGCACCCCUCUCCAGGCUGGACUCAUGGCCCUGACCCUCAAGCAGCCUGGAGCCUACAUCAUGAAGCACGUGUAUCGUCUCGGCAAGCACAUUGACGUUGAUACCUUCAAGGCGGCUUGGGAGCAGACAGUCGACCUAUGCUACAACCUGCGGACACGCAUGCUCCAUGUCGCCGGUGCCCCUGUUCAAGUCAUCGUUUCCAACGACAUUGCCUGGGAGCAGACGGGCGAUAUGGGUGUCAAGGCAUUCAUUGAGGCGUCCAGCCUCUUCGAAAUGGGCUAUGGAACUCGCCUGAGUCGCUAUGCCCUCAUCACGGAAGGCGAGGACACCUACCUGAUCCUCACCAGCCACCACUCCGUCUUUGAUGGUUGGACAAUGGGCCUCAUCUUGAACAACCUGCGGAGCUUUUAUGCGGGUGCUGCUCCUACCCCCAUGGUGCCCUAUUCCGGCUUCAUCCGGCAUAUCCUCAAGAUGGACCAUGAUGCGGCUGCCAACUACUGGAGGGAGCAGCUCACAGGCGCCAAGCGCGCUUCGUUCCCUCCUGAGGUCAAGGCCUCUGAGACUGAGGCUUCCACCAAGAGCAUCACACGUCGCGUCGCCAGGAGCGUGCCCUGGCCUGGGACGCCGCUCGAGCAAGGCAUCACGCGCGCCUCCGUCGUCAGGGCUGCCUGGGCCAUUGUCCUCGCACGCUACUCGGAGACGGCCGACGUGACGUUCGGUACCACCGUCUCCGGUCGUACCGCGCCCGUGGCAGGACUAGAGCGCAUGCCUGGCCCUGCUCUGGCCACAGUGCCCGUUCGGGUCCGCCUGAACGGCACGCAGUCCGUCAGGGACUUUUUGCACGGCGUGCAGAGACAAGCCUCUGAGAUGACCUCGUACGAACAGUUUGGCUUACAAAACAUCUCCAAGCUAGGCGACGAGGUCAAGGAAGCCACCAGCUUCCAGACGCUCUUUGUUGCGCAGCCUGCUCAGGGCGGUGACACGGGGAGCGAUGGGGACGAAGCCAUGGUGAGCUCUGCUUCUGAGAAGCUAGGCGAUGCCAUGGAUGGCUACCACAGCUACCCUCUUGUGGUGGAGGGUGUCAUUCUCGACGAUUCUGUCGAUUUCUCCCUCGUCUACAACGCUCGAGCUCUGUCUGACGCCCGUGUGGAGGCCUUGUCGAACCACCUCGGCCAUGUCGUUCGCCAGCUCUGCGUUGCGGGAGAGAGAUCCUUGAGCCAGGUCGAGGUUGCUGGUGCCUGGGACCAGAACAAGAUCGCCUCCUGGAACCAACACGAGCCGAAGACUGUCGAUGAUACUCUUCACGGCUUCUUCAGCAAACAAGCCCAGCGCAUGCCCAACAAGGAGGCCGUGUUCACCACCGCUGGCUCACUCACUUAUGCUGAACUCGACGACUUGUCGAACAAGGUGGCUACUCACCUUGUCGAGCUUGGUGUCGGCCGCGAGACACCUGUUCCCGUGUGUCUCGACAAGACAAUGUGGGCCAUUGUAGCCCUCUUUGGUGUCAUGAAGUCGGGCGCUGUCUUCAUUCCUCUCGACCCGGCACAUCCCAUCGAGCGUCGCCUGGACAUCGUCGCCCAAGUCAACGCCAAGCACAUGGUGGUCACGCCCGACAACGUCGCCGACUUUAGAGGCGUUGUUCCCACCAUUGUCGAGGUUUCGCUCGAUGCCAUCAGCAGGAUGAAGGCCACCGGGUCGCCUUCUCAGCUGCAGGACCGUACCACACCCGCCAACGCGGCCUACAUUCUCUUCUCGUCUGGCUCCACUGGCAAGCCCAAGGGCAUCAUGAUCGAGCAUGGUCCCGUUCUUUCGAGCCUCAUGAGCCAGGUGCACGUGUACGCGCUCGAGAACGAGGACGUCCGCUGCAUGCAGUUCUCCAGCUUCGCCUUUGACGCCUCCAUCCUCGAGCUCUGGGCCGCCGUCGGUAAUGGCGGCACGCUCUGCAUGGCGGCCGAGUCGGAGAGGCUGCAGAGCACGGCAGACUUUCUCACCCGUUCGCGCACCAACGUGGCGCUCUUCAGUCCUUCGUUUGUGCGCACCGUCCAUCCCGCGCAGGUCCCGACGCUCAAGGUGCUGCAACUUGUCGGCGAGGCAUCCGGCAAGGAUAACAUCCAGACCUGGUGCGGCAAGGUCCGCCUUCUCAACGGGUACGGACCUACCGAGGGAUGUAUCAUGAGCGCCGUCCACGAGUGGACGUCCCGCGACGCCUCGCCUACCACAAUCGGACAGUACUUGGCGCACAGCGCGUACAUUGUGGACGCGGACGACCACAACAAGCUCUCGCCCGUUGGCUGUGUUGGUGAACUUCUCAUCCAGGGGCGCGCUCUCGCUCGUGGCUACAUUGGCGACGAGGACAAGACCAAGGCCAGCUUUCUGCGUGGCCCCAUGACCUGGAUGCCUGUCUCGCUCAGCCAGCUCCACCAGCGCUUCUACAAGACGGGCGAUCUGGUCAGCUACAAUGCCGACGGCUCUCUCGAGUACCACGGUCGCGUUGACACGCAGGUCAAGGUCCGUGGUCAGCGCAUUGAGCUCGGGGAGGUGGAAGACCGCAUCAUCAAGGCUUCUGACAAGGUCGAGUAUGCUGCUGCCGGGGUCGUGAAGCUGGACACACGCCAGGUCCUGGUAGCGUACGUCAGCUUCAAGCAAGAGGUGGACGAUGUAGGAGAGGAGGAUGGCCUCUUCUUGCCCUUGGGCGAGGAGAUGCAGGAGUUCCGCGCGGAACUGACGAGACAGCUGCGGCUGGUUCUGCCGGUGUACAUGGUGCCUACCAUUGUCUUCCCGGUGCGUCAGAUGCCUUUUAUUGGGGCAUCGAUGAAGCUGGACCGCAAGACGCUCAAGACCAUGACGGAUGGCCUCUCUCCCGAGGACCUGCGUCACUACUACUCGGCCAGAGAGACAAAGGUGCAGCCCCAGAACGAGGCCGAGGCCAAGUUACAGACUCUUGUGUGCACUAUCCUAGGCCUCAAGCCCGAAGAGGUCGGACGCCAUGAUGAGUUCCUCCAGAUCGGAGGCGACUCGCUGACCGCCAUCAAACUGGCCUCCAUGGCCCAGGAGCACAAUCUCGGGCUGACGGUCGCCACCAUCUUCAAGGACUCGCGUCUGUCCGCCCUGGCCUUGGCCACCACAGGCGGCACCCAGUACCAGACUUUGGACGUGGCACCGUUCGAGUUGCUCGACUCGCCCGACGAGAUCGAGGUCAUUGCGCGUGAGGUGCAGAAGCAGGGCAACCUGCCCAGCCUCCCGGCACUCGAGGACGCGUUCCCGACGCACACGACGCAGGCUGCCUUUGUCAAGACAACCACAAAGGGCCCUGGGCUCUUCAUGGCCGCCCGCGUCUGGCGUCUGCCCGAUCACGUCGACGUGUCCCGUUUCAGGGCAGCCUGGGAGGCGCUGGUGCAGCACUUCCCCAUCUUGCGCACCCGCAUCGUCCUGGUCGACGGCGUGGCCAAGCAAGCGGUCCUCAAGGGCCCCUGCGAGUGGGAAGACGCCUCUGGGCACAAGACGGUGCGGUCGUACGUUGCGUCGCGCUUUCCGCCCAACGAAGGCAUGAACAUGACCUACGGCUCGCCUCUCUCUCGCCAGGCGAUUGUGCGCGACGACGGCCACGACUAUUGUGUCUGGAUCCACCACCACGCCGUCUGCGAUGGCUGGACCAUGGGUCUCGUCGUCCGCGCCAUGCACCAGUUCUACUACGGCGUGCCGCCGCCGGCCCUGCAGCCGUAUUCUGGCUUCGUCCGCUUCUCGCGCGGCAUCGACAUGGACGCUGCGGCCCAGUACUGGACCAGGCAACUCGAGGGUGCGCAGGAGACCAUCUGGCCCAACCCACCGCCCGCAGGGACACCGACCACGGGCAUCACGGCCAUGUUGCGUCGCUGCUUUUCGCUACCUGCUCGUCCGGACUCCACCGUCACCACUGCUACGCUCAUGACGGGUGCCUGGUCCAUCGCCCUCGGCAUCAACCUCCAACGAGACGACGUCCUAUUCACCCACACGUCGUCCGGUCGCCAGGCACCCCUGCGCGGUCUCGAGUCCGUCGCCGGUCUGACCACCGCACGUGUGCCCGUACGCGUGGGUCUGCCCAAGGAUCAGUCCGUCACAGAAUACCUCGCGAACCUGCAGCUCAUGGCGGCCGAGAGCGUUCCCCACGAGCACUUUGGCACAGACAAACUUGCCGAGCUGUGCCCUGAAGUCGCCUCGACGCUGACGCACCCGACGAACCGCAUCGCGCUGCAGCCAGCCAAGGCGGACUCCUCGUCCAACGCGGACCUGUCGGACGCCAUCAUUGUCAGUGACGAGGACAAGUUCUCGUCGGUGGAGAUGGCGGACGGGUACACGCAGACGCUGAUUGCGGUGCAGUGCAUGCUCGGCGAGGAAGAGUACGACUGGCGCACGACGUACAAUAAGCUGUGCGUGGGGCCUGAGGAGAUCAACAGGCUGUAUGACCAGCUGGAAGGCAUCUUGACGCGGUUGUGCGAGGAGCCUGAUGCCAAGCUGGGCUCUUUCUUUGUUUCUGAGUAG